CAACAUCUGGAUUUGCUUGAGCCAGGAAAGACUGGUAGGUAAAAACAAUUUGCUUUUCAGUGACACAGGCCACAAAUUGUGAUUCUGGUACAUUUAGAACACACGGUCAAGUACCUUUGAAUAGGCAGCAAAAAAUGGAAGCAAAUAUGUCCCAUUUCUUCUCAGUGGAUGACAACUUUGGUCAAAUAUGCAGAGAAUGGACUAUUUGUUUGCUGGUGCUGAUACGAAGAUGGCACAGCCAGCACCGACUUUUAAAACUUUUUUCAGCUCUGGUUUGGGAGUGAUAUGACAAAUUGCUCUUUGGAUAAUUGAAAUUGGCUGUGUUGAUAUUUUUCCAUUUCAUUUCACUAAACCUUUGAUACAUUUGAUACAUGGGCAAACAAAUGAUUUUAGAGCAAACAUCAGAACUGAUGGUCUUCAAUUUGAGUAUUUGAGCUUAAUAUAGAGAAUUGGGGGUGGGGGAGUAAGGGACCCACAUACAGUUGGUCAUCAUUAUGUCCCACAAGAAAUCACACCAAAAAAAUGGGCUAGAGACCUUCUAGCCCUUUGGGGGUUAUGCUUCUUACUGUAAUAAAUGCAAAUAUCCUCAGGUUUAAGGGAAAGAAACUGAUUUGCAGAUCCAUAGCUAAAAUGCUUGUGCUGAAAGGUUCAGGAGGUGGGCGGGGAAGCAGGAAAGGGCAUUGCAUUUCAGUAUGUUUGAUGAUAUUUUUUAAAAUUUCAAAGGAUACAAAAGUUACACAAAAACAAAAAAUACAAAAAGUAAAAAUACAAGAAAACAGAAAAUACGGAAAAAAGAAUAAAGAACAAAAAUAAAACAGGUUCAUUAUUUUCAGACCCUUAACUGUCAUUACCUACUUUCGUAGACCUCCUCCUCCUCCCUUCCUUUGUAUUCUAGUUAUUAAUUAUCCCAGCAAAUCUUUUCCUUUCCAUGUUUCAUAAGAUUCUAUCAUUACAUUACCCUCGACUAAUUUAAUCCUAUCUUUCUAUAAUAAAAUAAACCUUAAAAUUUAAAACUUAAGUCUUAACCUUACCAGCUUCUUAUAAUCAUAAUAUUCUUUCAUAAUUCUUUAUGCAUCUUUACUAAAGCCAGGUAAUUUCUUCCAACAUUUUUCUAUCAUUCAUCAACUUUAUAAAACAUUCUGAUAAUAAAGAAAGAGUAAAAGAAAGAUAUAGACAAGUCCAAUCUUUAUCCAACGUCCCUUCCUCCUGGUUCCGGGAUUUGUCAGUCCUUAUUCCCAUCAGUCUAACCCGGUAACCUUAUGUCCGAGGCCCUCAGGUCACUUCCAUGGCCCUUCCGCAGCUCUUCUUCAUAUUUAUAACUGUAAUUUCCCUUAUCUCCUCGUGGUAACUCCAGCUUGACAAUGUCUCUUGCUCGUGGUAGCUCCAACUUAAUAAUGUUUUUAACCCUUCUCAUCAGAUCAGACCCUUUUCCAUAUUCAUCGCUGCAUUCCAUGUAGUAUUUAAAAGCAUGUUUCAAGGGCCCUCCAAAAUUGUGCAUUUCAGUAUGAACUGGCAAACCCUUUGCUAUCAGUAAACUGCUUGAGAUUAUUCAGUCUAUUACAGUUGUGUAAUGCUUUGACUCUAAAGAGCCCCAAUGAGCAUGGAACGUCCACAAUACAGUGGUGGAGCACAUUCUCUCUUUUCCACAAGUCUAUUUCAUAUGGUUUUAUUCUUGCUUUAAAUGCAUUUGUUGAUUAAUAAGCCAGUAAUAAGAAUACUAAUCCAAAUGAUGCUGUUAAUGUACAGAGUUCCUGCAUUCUUCACUGGUGUCUCUGGAUAGGUCUGGGAAGCCACAGCCAAUUACAAGAGUGUUGACAGGUCUGAGCUAGAUGGACCAGUUAUCUGACUCAGCAUAAGGGAGCUUCCACAUUCACAAAGGAGAUGUGCUGAUUUCACUGCCCACAGCUGCAGCCCCAUGAGACAUAUCCAACACUUAGGACUGGCUUUUCAAAAGGCGCAGGAGAGGGCAUAAUGAAGAAGGAAGGGAAGCCUGGUGCACAAGCCGAAUUCUCCCUGCAGUUCUUUAAGAAAUCUUUUUUUCCCUAUUUUCUAAAUACAUUUUUAUUGGCUAUUCUUUAUUGCAGUUCUUUUGACCCAGUCUUACAAAAUAAAACUUAAUUGUGAUUUUAAAAAUGCCAAAGUACUUUGUCCGUUGCCCCGGUGCCUUUGCACUCAUUGGCUCGCAGACAGGAGAAGGUCUACUUCUUACCAAACACUGAAGUCCAACACCAUUUUCCCGUUUUUAUAUACAUCAUGAGUCAAAGAACUAGAGACUUAUGUUUUGAAAAGCUAAAGGUUCAGGAGAGUGAGUAAGUUCCCUGCACAACACAUACACAUGCUGACUUAGUUGAAAAGCUGGCUGAGAUUAUAAAGUUUUACAAUUUGGUUUAUUGUCCAAGGUUUUGUUACUUGGUUAGCUGUUUUCUUCCCCUUUGUGCUCUAAGAACGGGGGAAGUUACUAGCAUGAAUUGCCAUUCUUCCAUCCCAAGCUGGGAGAGUUGCAGAAAUGAAUACAAAAACAUUUGCUUGCAGUGGAUAAAACAAAGUCGCCCGGGGUGGACCCAAAGCAACUGGCUGCAGAGCUGCAAAAGGUUUCCCUGCAACAGGCUCCCUUGAUGGCCUCCUCCGCAAUGGAAAAGAGCUCCCAUGCUCAUUCUGGGACUACGUCAGCCAACUCGAGUUCUGUUCCUAGCCCUGGUCAGCCUGGUUCUCCUUCGGUCAGCAAGAAACGGCACAGUAGCAAGGUAUGAAUUCGUUUGUUUUGGCUUUUUUGUGUAUGAAUGCAGAGGUGGAUAUAUGCAUUUUCAUAUCGAGACCAUAAAGAAGCUUAAAGAAGAGAUUCCAGUGUUCCCGUGUUAACAACAGGGGUACUGGGGCUGCUUCACUCUGGCUGCGUUCUGAGCAGCUCAGAGGCACUGGCAGUCUGGAAUGGCAAGGGAGGCAUUUUGAUAUGUUCAGUUAAGACCCGUGUAAUGCUUUGACUGAGCUAGCAUCUCUUCUCACUGAUAAUGAGUCAUCACUAACAGGGCCUGUUUGGGGUUUCCUUGUGAUUUCGAUUUUGAGUAUCACAACAGGGCUGUCACUUUGACCCACCAAAUUUAUUCAGAGUUCACAUUGAAGUACUCAAAAACUUUCUGAGGGUUGUGUUUCCUAUUGAUUGUACUUCAAGUAGAUGAAGAGGCCUUCAGUGGGAUUCAAAGGACUCAAUGUGUAGCAUUUGAUGCAUGUCUGCUGCAGAAAACUCUUGGGUGUGGUUUCGUUUAGAUUUCCUCUUGCUUUAAAAUUCUGUUCUCUUACCAUAGUUCUACAACCUAGCAGUUCAAAAGCACACCAGUGCAAGUAGAUAAAUAGUUACCACUGCGGUGGAAAGGUAAACGACAUUUCCGUGCACUUUGGCACUCGUCAAGGUCCUCCUUGCGCCAGAAGUGGUUUAGUCAUGCUGGCCCCGGAAAGCUGUCUAUGGACAAACCCUGGCCCCCUUGGCCUGAAGCGAGAUGAGCGCCACAACCCCAUAGUCACCUUUGACUGAACUUAACCAUCCAGGUUAAGUUACCUUUACUUUAGUUCUACAACAACAAAAAAGCAGUUCUUAGCAGAGAAGCUUGCCAUCAUGACAGCCACCUCUGGCGAGUCCUGGAAGAUUACUUUGACAAAGCUUCAAUGUCUAAAGAACUGAACAAAAGAAAGCAAAUUACACAGCACAGAAAGGAGUUGACCUUUUGGUGUAAUAUACUGACCACACCCCGUGCUAGCCUGCUUGUUCUUUUAUCAUUUGAUGGAUAAUCAUGUUGUCUAAUUUUAAAUGUCCUUUGAGAGUAAUUAGUUGCGCUUUUCCACCUACAGAAGAACUUGAGUUGUGCUUAUAUCUAAAGGAAAAACAUUUGAUGAUAUUUACCAGCAGAAAUUAGGCAAGAGUAACAAUAUUAGUGACAAAUAUUGGAACACUUGGUUGCUUAGGUCAGAGUUCUUGGCAUGCAAAAUUUGGGUUUCCAUGGUAUAACUAAAAAACCUGUACAGUGCUGACAAUGACUUCUUCUUUUCGAAGUUUGUAGAAUAUCUAGCCCUUUUUGAUCCUAUCAUGAGUGAACAUUGGUGUAGAGCUAAAGAUCAAGAAAAAAAAUGGUUCACUACCUAGGAAAGGAUAUCCAAAAUUAGCUGAUACAGCUUCUAGUAGGUGCUAUAAAGAAGAAACUUUUAGCUCAGGCAAACUUAGCCAAAUACUACUCGGUUAUUCUGAAUUGCACAGCUAGUGUUAGUCUUGUUGAACAAAUGACAAUGAUUGCACGUUAUGUUGAUGAAAUCAAAUGAUCUGCUAAUGAGAUGUCUGAGCCAGAAGUUAUUGGGAUUUGUUACACAAAAGGAGACCACGGGUGCCUUUAUGACAGAAACUCUUUUUGGACAGUUUGAACAAAUGGCAUUGCCAACUGAAAAUCUGUUUGGAAUGGGCAAAGAUAUGAUAACAUGAAAGGCCUGGACAUAAAUCCACCUGCCUUUUUAUGCCCUGCUAUGCAAACUCUUUAAACUUUGUAAUCAGUGAUGCUGCUAAGUGUUGUCUGGAAACAACUCAUUUCUUAAGUUUGGUUUAAAGAAUCAUACACUCAUUUCUCUGCAUUGAAUCGGAAGGACUGUUCAAAAGUGUUUUGUGAUAUUACAUGAGGAGGAAAGUUAAAAAAUCCUGUUUAGCCUCCCCACGCUCUUCAGUGUAUGCAAGUAACUUCCUGCCUGGUUAUUUUAUAUAUGAGAUUAAGCAGUAUUAACAUUUAGGGUUUGUUUUGAUCUUGACAUGUGUCAUUUCAGUGGUGUCAUUUGCCCACAGAAGUCAAAUUCUCAUGUAAAGUGUCACAUUCAAAACUUGUGUGGUCAAUUUCAUUUCAGUUAUAAUGUUUGUACCACCAAAGUCAGUAGUCUUAAUCAUGUAGGUAUAAGAAUGGUAGGAAUAAUGAUCGUAAUGCUAGAAAUAUUCAUAGCAAGAAAUACUAUUUAAAAAUGAAAUGAUUUACAACUGUGUUUCUUUCUUUGAAUAUGGCAGCCCACGGAAGGUACAAAGUCUGGUUCCCAUCCAAUUACUGGAGAAAUUCAGGUAACAAUCUAAUAUUAGCAUUUAUGGAUGCUAUAAAUGGAUAAUAGAACAGAAUUAUCAUUGUUUGAUUCUUAGACUGCCAACAUUGCACAAAUUGUAAAUCAAUGCUAAAAAUAGAUUUUAAAAAAUCAGUUGUGUGGAAUGCAAAUGCUGAUGACUAAUAUUAAUCCAGUUGCUGCUUCCUGAGGAAGGGAAGAGCUACGAAUUCAAUUUUAAUUUGAGGAAUUGCACAGUGCACAUUUAUGCAAAUUCCUGUAUGGAUGUUCCAGACAGGAAUUCCAUUAUUCCUGUGCCACGAUACAAAACUAAAAGUAUAGGGUUGUAUACAGUGCUUUUUUCUGGGGGUACGCAGGGGUACACAUACCCCUAAACAUUUUGUGAAUCUUUGUACUUUUGUCCAUUUACAGUAUUUAUUUUUCCCGAUUUGAACUAUAAAAUGGUGAUUUUCUUGAGUCAAAAUGAGAGCACCCCUAAACAUUUUUUAAGAAAAAAGCACUGGUUGUAUACAGUGACAUUGCUCAGCUGACAGCAAUACUUCUACCCACAAAAAAGGGAGGGAAUCGAUGUCCAGGGAUAUCCCCUCUUGCAGCUCUGUGCAGCUCUGCUGUGGGGAAAGGACAAAUCACCCUAAAAUUCCUUCCUUCCUAAUUCCUUUCCAUCACCUGCAACACUCUUGUAUACAACCCAUAGUCAGAGUUAUGGGAAAAGAAUAGACACCUGCUGGUUUUGAUCCAGAGUUCUGUGAGCAGAACUCCGCUUGUGGGACUCUUCCUUAGUCCUACAGCUCCCAGUGCUUCCAGCAAAGUUGCUUCAGGACAGUGUGGGAGGUGGUGGGAAGGACUACAGGGGAAAUUGAAGUGUGCCCGCUGGAUCUCAGCCCCUUCCACAAUCAGAAGGAGCCUUCCUUCACAGAAGAGACACUCUCAAAACAACUCCUGUUCUUCCUGUUUCCAGUGAUAUAGUUGCAUUCUUCUUCUUUUGUUCAAAUCAAUAGUUAUUUUGCUAUAAGCAUUUGCAAUGGGAGCAGGUCAGUUGUUUUAAGGGGCUGGGAUCCAAAUAACUGCACAACUACUUCCUGCUGUAGACCAGCCCCCCCCCCCAUGCCAGACUGCAAACCACCUUGAGCACAGAGUGGGUGUCCCAAAGCAGUUUGUGAUACGGCAGGGGAAUUUGCUGGUCGAAGGAAGCAAAGUCAGAAAACCCACAGGGCGUGCACAUUGCAUUUCUGUAUUUUAUUGUCCUGUAAAUCACUAUGGACCUGCAUUUAGCUGUGCAAAGAGGUAUAUAAAUAUAAUUACCCGGUAACUGAUUCAGGAGUGCUUAAAAAAAACAAAACCUUCAACUUGCAAAUGACUACUGUAUCUUAAGCGCCAACAAAUCUCUGCCCCACUCUCAGCUUCUUGAAAGCAUAAUAAAUAUAGGAAGAGUAGAUUAGGAGUUCUAGAGAUGCAAAGAGCUGCUUGGUAAACUCUCAGUACAGAAAAACGAACAAACAAUAUAGAUCAAUAUGACAUAGUGCCCUUAAAUGGAUAAAUGCUUACAUUUACCAGAAAAUUCUAAGAUUUUAGAAGGAUCUUUAAAAAAAAAAAAUGCUGCACAUACAAACACAUUAAUGUCUGCUUUAAAAACUUUUCAGGGAAGAAAUGUUAAAAAGAACUAUGUAAGAAUAUGCUAUGGUUAUGAGAAAUUGGUAUAAAUAAGUUUUAAGUUUUAGGGUUCUUUAUGGUAAGAUAAGGUUAAAAUAGAUUAAGGUAAUUUAAUGACAGAAUAUUAUGAAAAAUGGAAAGGAUUUGCUGUGACAAUCAACAACUAGAAUACAAAAAAGGGAGAUGUGAGGAGGUCGAUGAAAUAAGGUAAUGACAGUUAAGGAUUUGGGAAUAUUGGAUCUGUUUUUAAAUCUUUGUGGCUUAUCUUUGAUUUCUGAUUUUGAUGUGUUAUGUGUUUUGUUUUUGCUUUUUGAUUUUGACUUUUAUCGAUUUGUAUUGUUUAAUUGCUAUUUGUUUCUUGUUUUUUCCUUCUUUUUCUGUUUGGUUUUUUUUGUAAUUUUAAAAUUCUCAAUAAACAUCAUUUAAAAAAAAAACUUUUCAGGGAAAUAUGCUUCUAUUCUCUUUCUCUGUAGAGGAAGAUUAAAUCAUCUGCUUGAAACAAACUUCUUAUGAGAUUCAUUUAGGAAAGCUAUGAAGAUGCAUUACUGAAUUUUAGUGUUGGAGAAUGUUAAAAAGUAACCUGUAGUAAUAGAUAUUACUUUGAAAUGACAUUAUUUGGGAAAUGAUUAAUGGCAACCAAUGUUAUGCUUAGCUUCAAAUCAACUAUGACAAGCACCUUGGCAAUUUGAUAAUUCACAUUCUUCAAGCAAGAAACCUUGUUCCCCGUGACAACAACGGCUAUUCGGACCCGUUUGUCAAAGUUUAUCUUCUACCAGGAAGAGGGUAAGUGGAGGGGUGAUUUCAACUACUAACUGCUGUUAACACAACAGGUUUCCCAUUGCUGACCUUCAAGAGAUCCAUUUCUUAUCAACUAAUCUGAACACUCAUUUCAUGUGGGCCUCACUGUCACCCUCUGCAAACUACAACAAGGCUGGUGGGCAAAUUGUAUUUUAGGAAAGCUUGUUCACCCACAGUUUGCUCAUCUUUUGUAUACAGUGUAAUCUCACUGUGUACAUGUUGUACAAGUGACAAUAAAGUAUUUCAUAUUUCCAGGAAGCUGCCUUAUGCUCAGUCCGACCAUUGGUCUGUCUGACUCAGUGUUGUGUACACAACAGCAGCGCUCCAAGAUUUCGGGCAGGAGUCUCUCCCAACCCUUAGAGAAUUUUGUUGAUUAAGGCAUAUAUAAAUCUUGUCAAAUAAUUAAAUGAACACUACCUGGAGUUGACUAACACACCACCAAUUACAUGCCCUCUUAAACAAUCCAGUAGUAAAAUCAGCAGCAACUAGGCCCUUGACAACCUCCACCUAACAACAAAGGGACACGGCAAAGGGGUGGUAUCUACAAUAUACAAAAUACUACUCCAAAAUCCCACAAACUCCCUAGAUGUAACCCAAAAACAAUGGGAGGACAACAUAGGCUAUGAGAUUAACCCCAUUCAGUGGACCAGAAUGUGGUCUAAACCUCCCUUUAAAUCCAUAUCAACGAAAAGGAAAUAACUCACUCUGAAACUCACUUACAGGUGGUAAAAUAUGUUUAAAAAAAACAACACUACCUGGAGUUGCAAGGGAUUGAACCUGGGCCUUUUACAUGUAAGCAUGUUAAUUUUCUCCUAGAGAAGCCCAUGGGAACAUGGCUGGAAAACUGGAAAACAUUUAAAUAUAGUCAGGACUGUGAAGGAAAAGACAUAACAAAUAUUUCAGAAAUUUUAUGUUAGAUGUGUCUUCCAUAUUUAGUUGUCACUAAUGAUUAUAUACCCUAGCUGAAGAAAUGCUCAAAUGUUUUACCAGAUGAUUUGAAUGAACUCACCAGCCCCGUUCAAACAUAAAGUUAAACUGUGAUUUAGCAUAUGAGGAUGAGCAAGAAUAAACCUUGGGCUUAAGCAGAACCCUCCCUUCCUUCUGAGGGAAGGAAGUUUAGAUCUUCUCUUUGUGGUUUUCAGGAAACCACAGCUUCCCAUUAUGUCUGAAUAUGGUGCAUUGUGGCUUGUCCAAGCCAUAGUUAAUUAAUCCAAACUAGGAUCAAACCAUGGUUUAAUAUUGUAAACUCUUCAUGGUUUGAACAACCUACAGUUCUCCAUAUUUAGACAUGACUGGAAUCUACCAUUUGUACCAGGAAUUAAAGCUUUAAGCUUCCUCCACUCUUGUGUAAAGAGAGGAAAGAGAAAAGGGACAGAGGGAGCCCAAGGAUUGUACCUGCUUGUCCAUUUAAUGUUACAAUGAUGCUUUAGCCUUAUGUCUGAAUCUAGUCUGAUAGUAACUAUCUCUGAUUACUUUUCCAUGUUAAACUGCCUGGAGUGGUUAAUGUUUCUAUUUCUCAUAAUAUAUAUACCCAUUAUUUCUUGUUUGCAUAAAAUGCUCUAAAUAUCUUCUCUCCCCUGGUUUUCUCUUCUUCUGCUUCCUGUUUGUUCCCAUCAUUCUUCAACACAUUGUUGCCCUGGGGCCUUGCAGCCAAGUCAUGGUAGUCCAGAAUGCAAGGUAAAGUACAUUAUUAUUCACUGAUUCUCUGAUUAUUCUAAGCAUGAACUACGUAAUAUCCUGGGCACGCAACUAUCGUUUCCUAGAAUUUCAGGGGCCUGUGAAGUAGCUGACAUUUGGUGUUCUAGUGCAGGUUAAAUUUCUAUAACACACAAUUGUUACAGAAACAAGCAACAAGCAAUUGUUCCAGUAGCUUCAAGGUUCAGUGGGUGGGGAGUGGAACUAGUAGUUUAAUUGUUAUUUUAAGGACUGGAGAUGGUGACCCUUCUUUUGAUACGUGAGGAAGUAGUGAUCUGAGGACUUGUCUUAUAUGUAUUUUAUUGAAAUUUCUAUAGGAGAGAAUGCUGAAAAAAUAGUUAAUUAUGAAUUCACCUGGUGUGGUUUUUUUCCUGGGAAAAAAAAAGAGUUAUCAAAACUUUUGGGGCUUCUUUUGACAUGCUCCAGAUGUUUCACCUGAGAAUAAAACUCAGAUUUUCUCAAAAUGUUACUUUAGGGAAAAUCCAAUGACAGUCUAGAGGUGGGCAAAACUACCUGUGAAAAAUGUUACUAUUCUUGUGGGAGGUUUUCUGUUAGCUUUCAUGGACAUUUGCUUUUGGUGGAAUGAGAGCAGCACAUCUUAAACCCACUUUUUCUGAUAUGAAUAUUGUUCAAUGCAGACAGUUCUCUUUAAUUAUCAGUCACUGCAAUCCAUUAUAUACUUGUCACCAGAUGUAAAAAGUCUGCCUAGCGGGGAGUUCUCACUUUAAAAUUGUACAGUGCCUUAAACAUAGCUUUUAAUUCUCUCUGGGAUUUGCUUGAUAUUUCCUUGUUCCUGCUUUUAAUAUAUUCAUCUCACUGCUAAUUAAAUUAUGCUUCUUUAAGGCUGAUAGUGGUUGUAAUGUCAUACGCUACAUUUGAACAGACACUGGUUGCAUUGGGGGCACCAUUUGGCUGUAAUUGCCAACCGUAUAAAUCUGGUGUGGUGCCAGCAGCAUACCACUGCAAAUGCUUCUUUUUUUCUGCUCUCUGUGCAAUAAUGACAUGCUCUUAAAGAGAAUGCUAUUUCUGGAGCAGAGCUGUUUUAUCAGAAUUCACUGUUUUUGACAAAUGAAGGAAGACAAGUCAGCUUUAGGACUAUGAAAUAGUUCCAGUGCUAACCUUAAAGUGAAAGCUGGACCAUAAAGAAGGCUGAUCGCCGAAUAAUUGAUGCUUUUGAAUUCUGGUGCUAGAGGAGACUCUUGAGAGUCCCAUGGAUUGCAAGAAGAUCAAACCUCUCCAUUCUGAAGGAAUUCAGCCCUGAGUGCUCACGGGAAGGACAGAUCCUGAAGCUGAGGCUCCAAUACUUUGGCCACCUCAUGAGAAGAGAAGACUCCCUGGAAAAGACCCUGAUGUUGGGAAAGAUGGGGGCACAAGGAGAAGGGGACGACAGAGGACGAGAUGGUUGGACAGUGUUCUCGAAGCUACCAGCAUGAGUUUGACCAAACUGCGGGAGGCAGUGGAAGACAGGAGUGCCUGGUGUGCUCUGGUCCAUGGGGUCACGAAGAGUCGGACACGACUAAACAACUAAACAACAACAACAAAUCUUAAAGGGCAGUCGUGUGAAAACAAUGAAGUUCUGCAAAAGAUAUGUAGCAUCUCUCUUAAAAUCUGACUAUGGUGAUUCUGGGACAGUGAGGUGGUGGAUCUGUAACCAUUCAGCUUUCCUCAAAAUGAUAUCUGAUUAGAUUAUGUGAUAGUAAAAUGCAGCAUGUGGUCUAGAACCAUCAUAUUGUGAUGGGAAAGGAUGCCAUCGGUUUUGUAGUCUCAGCCUUCAGAAAACACAACACAAUAAAAUACAUUGUAAAUCAAAUAAUUCAUCAAAACCUCUGAAAUGCCCUAUAGAAAAAGGAGCUUCGAAGCCUGCUUUAAAGGAUCAAUAUUAAAUUAGUGUUUCUAUCAUUAACAGGAUGGAGCUUGCAUCAGAGCUUCCCUUUCAUGUUUUUUAGGGAUGACUCUCCUAUGAUUAAAGAUGAGAAAAUAAUACAGAGAAUUAAAUCCAUCUCAGCUUGAUAGCCGCAAGGAAGUUGUUCAAGAAAACCAAUACAUCACUAUUUACUCUUACAAUGAGAAAGGCUGUUGUAAACAAACAGGAGCAAUUUGUAAAUGCAACCAAGAUAUUUGUGUUGUUGUCAGUCACAGGCAACAGAGGUUGGGAGGUUUCUUAGUAGACAGGCUGCAAAUUCAAAAGUUUUAUUUUAAAGACUGAAUUGGGAGAUUGUUCAGCAGAAGAUUAUCAUUUACAGCAGAUCAACUGACAUUAUUCUGUGCCAGCCUGAAUGAUUGGUUUAUUUAUUUUUAUCAGUUGCACUGAAAUUGUUUCUGCCUUGGAGCAGGUGGAGACAAGUAUAAGUAAUGACAUGUUUUGUUCCUUUGUUCCGCUUCAGUGUUGAGAACAAGAGGAGGACUAAAUAUGUGCAGAAAAGCUUGAAUCCUGAAUGGAACCAGACAGUCAUUUAUAAAAAUAUAUCCAUGGAGCAGGUAUGUGACUGUAAGAGAUAUCUCAUUGCAGGUGUGGUCUAAUUCUGCUCCUGACUGUUCUCUAAUGAUGCCCUACACUUCUAAGAGUUUGUCUGUACUAAACUAUUUCAACUGCGCCUGCCAGACUCCCCUGACCAUAUGAACUUUCCUGAUUUCCGUUGCUUAAAAAAAUCAUCCCAGCCUUUGCUGCUAUCCCCUCCCUCAUCUCAGAUCUAUUUGCAUAGCUAGCCACUAACAUGCCUCUCUAUGAAGGGGAAAGCUCUGCCAGCCACUGGCAGUUCAGGCCCUAUGAGUGUGUAAAUGAAAUUUAGAUUCUUUUCCCCAAGGUGCAUCACUUUACACUUACUUACAUUGAGUUGCAUUUCUCAUUUUACUGCCCAUUCGCUCCCUUUGAAGAGGUUUAUUUGGAGCUCUUCAAAAUCUCAUUUUGUUUUAAGCUCUCUGAACAAUUAGAUGCUCUCAACAAACUUUGUUACCUCACUGCUCACCCAUAAUGCUAAAUCAUUUAUGAUCAAGUUAAAAAACACAGGUACCUUGGGAAAUUCUGCUUUCUACAUCUCUCCAUUGGCAGAAGACUCCACUAACUGUAAUCUCUGCUUCCUAUUUCUGAGCUAGUUACUGAUCCACAAUAGGAUGUCUCCUCCUAUUCCAUGACUGCUGGGCUUACUCAGGAGUCUUUGGUGAGAUACUCUGUCAAAAGAUUUUUGAAAGUCUAAGUGCAUAACGUCAACUGAAUCAUCUCCUAUCUGUACACUUGCUGACACUCGCAAAAAACUGCUAUAGGUUAUGUAAUAGACAGGACUUAGCCUUCCAGAAGCCAUGCUGGUGCUUCUUCAGCAAGACUUGUUCUUACGUGCUUGGUAAUUUUAUCUCUAACAUUUUCCCCCACCAGUUUUCCUGUAAUAGACGUUAAGCCAAUUGGCCCUCAAUUUCUGAUUUUAAAAUGAACUUUGUUUCCAUGUCGGUGUUUUAGCUCCCUCCCUAGACCAUGUAAAAGUGGUUUGCACCCAACAGUGGUUAUGGUUCAGUGACAGAAGUGAAAGGCUGAUUUCUUGGAUUUCUCUCCUAUCCAGUACAAUGUGAAUGUGCCUAAUAAUUGGUUCAGUAAUAGCUUAUUGUGUGGAGGAAAAUGUCGAUGUAUUAUGGCUCCAAGUUUUUAAUUAAUUUAAUGGUUAGAUUAGUCAACAAAGGUUCUACUGAUUAAUCAGUGGGGGCAAAUUCUAAUUAGUGAAACAAAGCAAGCAUACUUUUUAUUUUGGAGCCAUCUGCUCUAGUUUUGGUAUGUUACCUGCAAGAGGUAAUGAAAAAGAAAAUACUGAGAUGGCCUUCUAAUGAGUGGUCAUGUUCCAAUUUGUAAAUGAUCUCAUGAUACUUUCCAUAUUUCAUGAAGCCAUCUGUGCUGAAAGUUUGGUAAUAUACAAAUUUAUUUAAAUAUGGAGGCUUAAUGAGUAGAAAGAAAAACAAUUUAAACUUUCUAAAUUACUUUAGAGCCCAGAAAUUUACCCACAGUUCUUGAUUUAAGGGUGUAUGGUGUGGUUUUAGUUGGAGGAAGCUGUCAAAAGUUGGGAUUUGAAGCCGAUCUAAUUUCUGUUGAGGUGAUAAACUUACAGCUGGACUGUACCUGCCACUUCAGACUGCAGGUGUCAGCUCACAGGACUGGAUGCUUCUCCAUACCCACAACAGCAAAAGCAAACAAACAAACCUUCUACGUAGGAAACUAAAGGAGAAGGGUUCACAUUUAGCCUUCUCUAUAUUUUGAUGCGGCGGGUAAUCAAGUCAUGUGAGCUGCUAUCUGUGGUCUGAAUAAGGGAUGUAAGGAAGCAGCGAUUUCUGCCCCAUCCUGUGUUCAUUGCAACCAGCCCUGAUUCUCUUCAACAGUACGCUUUCUACAUCUCCAUCCAGACCAAGGUGAGGUCUUAUCAGAGCUGAAGGACUCAUCUGAGCAGGCAGAAACACAUGGAGUACAGAGCCAGGCCAAUGACGAGGGUGGCCUGGAGAGGCUUCCAAGGGCCUGAUAGAGAAGCCCGAGGAGUCACAUUUGGCUCCCAGACUUGAGGGUCACCACCCCUGAACUCCUGGUUUCUUUCCCCACCCUCUGUGCCCACCUACUGUUGCAUAAAACUAGGACCUGGCUUGCUCCAGCAGGCAGAAUGAGGAAAGGGACAGUCUGGAGUUUGGGCAGCUACAGACCCUUCUUGUGCCUUGGACUGUUCAAAGAGACUUUUGGUAUAGGUCAGAGGUGGGAAACCUGUGGCCCUCCAGAGAUUGCUGGACUCUGACUUCUGUUAGCUCCAGCCCAUGUUACAAGACUUCCCCGUUUGUGCAGAUUUCUAGGCAGGUCCCUCACCAUUUCACAGGACAUUAGUGAUGGCUGGUUCACCAAAUAUUAUGUGCAACAUGUUAAGUUACCUCUUGGCAAACAGCUGGCUACAUGGACCCAUCAUUUUGUUUGAACUGGUAUGGCUUUGAGGUACUAGGGGUGUCCAAGAUGUCUCAUCUUUAGUCUAUUGAAUAGUUGUGUAUAUGGAUGGGAACAUCUGAGACAUUUGUUGAAGCCGUGUUUGUGCGAAGACUGAAUCCCAAUUGCUACCUUUUUGGCAUAUACUAUAUUAUGCAGGUUCGCUUUGAAUGUGCACAGCCUUCUGAGGAAACUCUGAGGCUUAAUAGCUAUUGAUAUGCUUGUCCUUAAACCUAAGAUAAAGGAGGAGGGAGAAGAUCUGAAAAGCACUCUUUGAAAUUAUUCAGCCGUGUCUCACUGUGAAUACCAAUGCAUUUUGACUUUGCCCAGAACACAGUAAAAUCUACUCACUGGUGCUGAGCACUGAGGGAAGACAUAUAGAUGCUAUCAACUUUUUAAAAGUCACACUGUGGGCUUUGUAUUGGGAGCACAGCCAAGCUGGGCAAAAUAACUCCUCCAAGCUUGCAUAGAACCUCGGCCGAGCUCAUCUGUCUUGAUAUCAACUUUCAGCUUUACCCGAAAUGAAUUUUCUGAGUUCAAGGUUGAUGGGAGGACAAUAAUUGCCUGGCUGUCAUAUUGAAAAAGAACGGGGGGUGCCGGCAGAUGGCAACAAGCAAAGCAUGCUUUAUGGAUUCGGUGCCAGAUUCAUGAAGGGGAUUGAAAUUAAUUAUCUUUUGAUAUUAACUGCAGCUAAAGAAGAAGACCCUGGAAGUUACUGUCUGGGACUAUGAUAGAUUCUCCUCCAACGACUUCCUGGGUGAGGUGAGUAUCCCUUAUUUCUUGCUUCACUGCCUUCCCUCGCCUGACAUAGUAGUCAGCUAAGAGUAGACUCAUAUCAUGCAUUUUUCAUCCAGAUGAGUAAUUCUGAUGUUCCUUGGAUGCAUGUUUCUGUGGAGAAAGGUGGGAAAUCACAGAUAUAACCAGCAGCAAUGGCUAUGGCAUUUCUCCAGAUGCUGCCAUUGUGGGAAUUGAUGCUGACUCGACUCAUUUCAGACAUCAUGAUAAACCAUAGUUAAGGAAGCUUACCUAUGGUAUGGUGGUGUGGUGUCUGAAUUAACAAACUAUGGUCUGUGACUGGCUGGUAAACAAACUAUGGUUUCAUGUGGUUUUGCAAAUCAAGGUUUGCGCUAACCCUGGUUUAAUAGACAAACUAUGGUUGCAACUACCAUUCCUCUUCCAGAGGCUGCUGCGCCAUGAACGUGGGAGUGAAAUUACUAAGCUGAGUGCUGGCAGGAUGGGAAACAGAAACAGAAAAGCUCCACCCCACAAAUAUAAAUCACACAUAAAGCACUUUUGCUGUUUUAGCAUUCACAGGAGAACCUUGAGCAUUGGGAGUUUAUUGAGGACUAGAGGACUUUCAAUCUCCAAGGCUGAAGUUUGUGGUGUGGAUGCAUGUUUUGUAGUUGCCUCAGAAUAGGAACAUGUCUUUUUACUUACGGUAUUCUGUAAAACGCCAUGUACAAUAAUAUUGAUGAAGACGACAACAGAUACGGAAACAUUAGGAAGAAAGGAAUGAUUGAAAUUGUUUUAGCCCUCAGCCUUUUUUGCUUUUGCUUUUAAAUGUCUCUGUUAUUAUAUAGCAUGCCGUAUAUAAUUCUGAGAGUCUGUUUAGCAUUCUCCACUGUUUCGACUGGAGCUAACGUGCAUGUUAGCCAGAUCAGAAUCAGACAUUGUAAGGUGUUCAAUAACAAAAUAAUUUGCUCUCUGUAUCCUCACAUAGGUGUUAAUUGAGCUUUCUAGUGCCUCUCAGUUGGACAAUACUCCCCGGUGGUACACUCUGAAGGAGCAGAGUGAAAGCAUUGACCAUGGAAAAUCCCACUCUGGACAGAACAGCCAGCAGUCCCCCAAACCGUCUGUCAUCAAAAGCAGAAGUCACGGGAUUUUCCCUGACCCAUCAAAGGGUAGGAAAUAUUUUAUCUGUGUGUGCUAUAACUGUGUGGGUUAUAACUUUUUUACAACUUCAUGUUCCCAAGUAGCUUAGUUAGAUGAACUUUUGCCUAAAAACAAAGAAAUUAUCUUUCAUUUCCGAAUCUUUUGGGGGGGGGAGUCACCCCAAAAUCGAUAAAUCAAUUUUUGCAUAUGUAACUGUAUAAUGCGUUGUGUGAUAUGCACAACAUGUAUUAUAAUACAGGAAAAACAGAACUUGCAAUUCUUCUAAUACUUGUAUAAUGUUUUGUACAUUGUACAUCGCUUCUUAUUGCUUAGAAUAAAUAGAGGUUGAAGUUGGUCUUUGUCUCCCGCAUGUCUUUGAUAACCAUUAUAUUUCCCCUGCAGAUAUGCAGGUGCCCACCAUUGAGAAGUCCCACAGCAGUCCAGGAAGCUCCAAAUCUUCCUCUGAAGGACACCUGCGCUCUCAUGGGCCUUCGCGGAGCCAAAGCAAAACCAGCGUCACUCAAACGCACCUUGAAGAUGCUGGGGCAGCCAUCGCCGCUGCUGAAGCAGCUGUCCAACAGCUCCGCCUUCAACCAAGUAAAAGACGCAAAUAAAAUUCCUCAGCAUGGCAGCUUAAUGUUCAACUGUUGCCUUCCUCCCUGCCCCCCUCCUUCGCUUCCCACCCCCCAAACUCUUUCCCUGCUGGGCUUUUCUUUCUGCUCUUAGCACAAUGUGUGUUCCACCUGUUCAGUGUUCUCUCCGUGUGUGUCUGUGUGUAGAUCCAUAUAAAUAUAAUAUAUUCCUCCUAUUUAGAAGUCCUCUUUUAUUUGCAUAGAAUGCAGUAGAACUGGCUGUUUCUCUACUGGGGUCUCCAUUUGUCCACUGUCUGUCCACAUCUUGUGGUAAAAUUCUGCUGUGUGCUGUUGCUUUGGUGCCACUAAAUGCCUCAACCAUAAUUCAAACUUCAUAGACUUGGUUUCCAGCCUCCUAAGUAAGAUCCUGCAGUUUAGCAAGGAACACAGAUUGCUAACAUUAGGAAGCAAAUGAGAAAGAGACGUAUUGGGCAAUGUCACCCUUUGCAGCUCAAAGACCUUAAGAAUGUCAUAAGACUUUCCUGGGAAAAGGUCGCUCAGUGCUGAUAAAUGUUGACAGUUUUAAUCUUUGGACAGGAUUAUUUGAAGCAACAGAUGUUUUCUUAGGUCAAUAGCAUUUUUGUGGAGCACAAAAAUUAACAUAUAGAUAAUUACUGAGGAAAUAUUGGUAACGUUAACAGCCAUAUCAUUAGCUCUGCUAGAGUGACAUUAUUUAGGGGUGGGUUUGAUUUUUUGUUGUUCUUAGUCUGCAGUGAGGUUGUACAAUUACAACAUUUACAUACCCCCCUCCCGUCACAGAAUUACAGGUUGAGGCUUUAGUCACCUGCAAAUUAAUAUAAUCCAACUGUAGCAUCAUUGUGUUUGUCUCCAUGAUUAUUUGGUGUGCCAUAUAAUCAGCAUUGCAUAUUGCAGAAAGCAGAAAAUAAAUUUCCCUCCAUCUUCUUCAUUGUUGUUAAUGAAAAAGAAACAGCCAGUUUAAUUACCCUUUAAUGCUGUGCAUGUGGUGUCUCUUUGGUCUCUGAAGACACUUUGCCUAUUUAAAUCCAGAAGAGAAAACCCCCCACUUGUGUUUGCAUGACUAACAUUUAAGCUGGUUCCAUCUGAGGAUACAUACUCUGGGUUUCCAUUCCACCUACACUGCCACAGCAGCACAUAAAAGCGGUCAGUCUAAUCAUGCAAGGAAGCAGCACAGACACAGCAUAGCAGGAGUCCUCCCCAUUCAAAGAACUCAGUCUGACAAUCUGCCUUCACCAGCCAGUGACAACAAAGACCAAAGCCAACUAGCCCUCAGGAAAGUGAUGUCUGAUGGACCGGCCAAGCCUGAAGGAGGUGAGCCCAAAGACAUGGCCAAGAAGUCAGCCUUAACCAAAUGCCUUCUUGCCAUGCCUGCUAAUUCAUCCUUACACAUUGAAGUACUUAUCUCUCCAGCCCUCUCUGCGGUAUUCAGGUUGGGUUGAAAAACCCUAGGCUCAUCUUACAGCUCAUGUGCAAACCCCAUUUUGAAAGAUUGUGCUGAGUCCAAAUUAUAGAACGUUCUGAGACAGGGAAGCUCCAGCAGCACACACAAAAAUGGGGCUAACUGGGCUCACACUGCCUACUAAAUGGCAUGCGUUUAACAUAAAUUGCUUAAGCAUGAUUAAACCAUUCUUUUUAUUUGAGUAAAGACUAGCAUGGCACACUGGGAUUUCAACUUGGACACAGCAUUGGUUGUCGUUAUCAUUUGUACAUCUAGUGUGUUUUCACCUGUGAAAGUUCACAGCAAGGAAGAAGAAGAAGAAGGAGGAGGAGGAGGAGGAGGAGGAGGAGGAGGAGGAGGAGGAGGAGAGAUGAUGUUCCUAUUGACAUGACACAUAAAGCUAUAUCUACAUUCAAAAGUCUUCUAGUUUGUCUCAGAAGGAGUCCUGGUCCUUUCCAUAGAUUUUGGAGUAUUUUUAGGACAAAACUGCUUCUUGGGUGCCGAGGAUAGAGACUGCUGCUCAACGGAUGGAGGUUCCUCGACGGCAGUCCUUGCAUGAAGAAGAGAGAUCUGCAAAUUGUAGGAGCCAUCCCUUACCAGGACUGCCCUCUAGGAACCCCAGGAAUAGAAAUUCACAGUAAGAAUUUCCAUAUCUCUCACGUUCAUUUCUCUGAGAACCAUUUCAGACAGAGGAAGGAGAAGAAGCCCUGUUACAUGCUCCAUUAGCUCUUCUUAGUCAUGUCUGAAGGGGAGGUUUUACAUCUCCUUACCCCAGGAAUGGAAUUAUCUCUCUGAAAUAGGAGAUACACAAUUCCCCAUUGGACAUGACAGAGUAAUUUCGGUGACGAAAACAUGACCAGAGUUUAAACUAGGGAGUGGGCAUAGGCCUGCCAAGCAUAGCUGCUCCCGCCUCAGCCUUCUUGUGCUGAUCAGGAGUUUUGUCAGUGCAGUCAAGUGAUCAUGCCUGCAAGCACCCCUGGGGCCAUUAUCAAGGUUCCUGGUGGUCAGGAAGCUUGUGUGCCCAGCCCAAUGUGUUUACAAGGCCUCUUCGGACCUUUCUACUCAACAUGAGAAGUUCAGGAGUGUGGUGUGUGUGCCCAGCUUGUGUGGGGACAUUUUGGGUGGAGGCAUUGUGUAUGUGCCUACUCCCCCUCCCCAGUUUAAGCCCUCGUGUAUUCUUCUGAACACAUGAAAAAGGCUGUGGUGAUCCACUGAUCCACAUUCAAUCUUUCUCCCACUCUUGGCUCCUAUGGUGUGGCUGCAGUCGCCUUGGGGGACUGGAAUGGUUAUGGGAGUCUAGUCUUAGUUUCAAGCUGAAGCAGUGCUUUCAAAGAUAGCAUCUCCUUGGUGAUCAUUAAGAAAAGAAGGCCAGGGCUUCCCAACCAGCUAUUUUAGCAACCAAAGUUACUUCUGCUUGGAAGAUGGAGAGAGGCUGACUCUGCAAAGGAUUCUGAAUUGCAGAGAAUGAGCACCUGUCACAUCAACUGGCUAGCUCUCUCUAGGGAAACACUCUUUGGACUACCAAACUCAACAGACACAAGCUCUGGAUACAAAAGCAGUGUCGAAGUUACAGAAGAUCAUUUCUUUUGAAUCGAUCUUUCGGUGUUGUCCUUAUCCAACUGUGGAAGAGCAUCAUUAGCCUCUAAUGCACUGAUUUAUUGAUUGUCUUUUUACUUAGGUCAGGACCCUUUUGGGGGAGGGGGUAUCAUUGUCAACUAAAGUCUGGUCCCCAAGCUACUUCUCACAAGGCAAAUUUACCACAUCAGUUUCAUGUGGUGAACAUUCUGUUUGACUGACCCUACAUAUGAUGAGAGAGUGCAUUUUCCAUGGCAGGAAUCCACCCAAAACCAUCAUGUGACUUGAUAUCAUAAAUACUAGCUCUCACCAUAUGAGGUUCUUUUAAAGUAAAAAUUCAUGACGUGAAACUGGUGCAUUAAAAUUACUGUGGAAGAGUCCAAAGGUGAUAUGAGAAUCAGGCAUAAGAAAGUGAUUUUGUAGGCAACAUGACUGCAGAUAAGCGGGUUCUUGAGCUCAUGCUUAAAGUUGGAAAUAGGACUUUUCUAAAUUGCAUGAGAAACUGACACAGCUAGGGGAGUUGCUCCACUGCAGAAUUUGCAUCUGAACACAUAAGAAACCAGAACAUGCCAUGUGAAGACCAAGGUGUGAUACAGAGGCUGAAGGGGUCGCCUGGCAGUCCAUUUGUCCCUUAACAUUGUCCCUCCAUGCAAGUAAAGCCUGAAUAGGCUCUGAAAGUGAUCUCUCAAAGACUUUCCAGUCAUCUUCAUGGCAGUGUGGGGAUUUGAACACAGGUCUUCUCUAUCCGCUAAAUCAACUGUCUCAAGGUUACCUCACUGGCAACGGAGCACAGAAAGAGUCCCUUUUGCAUUUUUGGAGUUUCAAUUUUCCUACUUCUGUACUUUAGCCCUUCAUAUAGAUUGUUGUUUGUUUUUGUUUUUUAUUUGUUUUGUUUUGUUACUGAAUUGCUUUUAGGGCAACCAUUAUGACUGUGCAGGGAAAAGGGAGCUCAUAUCAAUCUGACCCUUUCCUGUUCAGAGCUGUUUCAAAAACCAGGGCCUCUCUGGCAUAUUCAGUCAUUGCUUUGCAAGAAUCCUUCAUGCUGUAAAUAAAUUUGCUGCUCAAUAAACCUUCUUUGUAAUUGGCUUCUCAGUACCUAAUUCCCAGAAAAAUUAAAUGGGCUUUGUCACCGCCAAAAACGAAACAGUUUUCAGAGAGCCAACCCAUUAUUCAGUCUAUAGACAUCAAUAAUCUGUCGCUGGGCUCUGCUUUUUCCUGUUUGAGUGCUGUCACAUUUCAGUGCUCUUGCUGUCGCUAGGUACUCUCCCACCUUUCUAAGGUGACAUGCAAUUUCAUGAAAUUGCUCAGAUCUGAAAACUCCCAUUUGGCAAAUGUAUUCGGCUGUGACCUGAACCUUUGGAGCAUAUGGAAACGAGUUGUUUGCAAAGCUUUGGAGCAUCAUGGCCCUAACCUGUGAUACGCUAUCAUAAACUUAUAAGCCAUAGCUGGAGCACAUUUUUUAAGAAACAACAACAGCAACCCACAACAUGUAUACAUAUAUUAAUCAAUGUGUAUUUUCUAGAUAGCGCAAUAUCUGUUUUAGUUUUUAGUGGCGUUGUAUUGUCCUGGGCAAUAGUGUUGCUCAAAUGCACACUGCUGCAGUUAAUCAUUGACAAGAAUUAUUUUGUAUGACAUUGCAGCUUCACAUAUUUCUCAAUUUGCCCCAAAUGAGAAAGGUAACAAGCACGGAGACAUCAAAAUAAGGAAUGAAUAUAAAUUUGUGGGUGGGUGAGGGAAAUUCUCCAAUAUUUUUGUUGGAGAUUUGUAAACUUAGCAUGACUGGACUGGUAUUGUUUCCUUUGGUCAAUAUUUGGAAUAAAACAGAGACUGUAACAUGUUCUAAGCUUUUAACUUGCAGUUGAGAAAUAUAUUCAAGUAGUUAUGUGGUGUCUAGAGAAGAUGUUGCCUGUCUAGUAUUUGUGUUCCUGAUUCAUCAUUCAGGGUCCCCGCCCCCUUUUUACUGUGUACACUUUCUCAAAAGGCCUUCAGUAGUGUGACAUUUGAGCUGUUGACCAGAAUUAGUAAGGAUUAAUUGUACAAUGUCAUUGCUGUUACUAGAUGAAUAUUGUUUCAAUUUUCAAACCAUUGUGAGGAAAUUAAAAUUGUAUUUUCCAGUUAUAAAUUAGGCUUGAUGUGUAUUGUUGAAGAGGUUUCCCGGAACCUAUUUAGAGCAACAUUUUGUGAGAAUUUUCCAUUCUUACUUCACAUGAUUGCUAGGUGCUACUUGUAUUGCUGACACUGAUGUCUCUCUAGGCUGUUUGGUAAUCCUUCAUUCCUACCCUGUACAGCAAGACCUACGAACCACCGACCGGGAGAAAGUUCAGUCUCCUCCACUGGUUCUUCAGCCAGUACCUUUGGCAGCGGAUACAGCAUGGACAGUGAAGGAAGCAGCAGCAGUACCACCACUGCGGACACCAAUCUCUUUCCCAUUCCAAGAAUGUAAGAAUUUCUAAAAAAUGUAAUAAGUUGAUGCUUUUACUAGCCAUGGAAAGACGAAUGAGAGUUUCCUACUUUAACACUCAAGGAACUGCCAUAUUUCCUCCCCAGCUUCCCAGCACAUACUUACGUGCUACGUAUGUGUGUGCUAAACAGUACACUGGUGGGAUUAAAGAUGUAGUUCCAUUGAACACAGUAUUUUAAACUUUUGUAUAUUUUCCCAGAAUAUAGUCAUCAAACCAAUGAAAAUUAGAGCAGUGAUAAUAAUAUCUUUUUAAAAGAAAAAAAUAGCCAACAUAGCAGAUGUCAUAGCAAAUAUUAUCUAGACACAUGCCAAUCUAGAAUUCUGACAAAAGUUUGGUGAAAAGAAGCAUGCAACAACCACAAGAUUCAGUUCAGACUCCUAAAGCACUUGGGAGGCUGCUCAGUUUGGCCUGGGAUCUAAAUGCCAAGUUCACCUUAGGGGGAAAAUGAAGCUUCGUUCCCUUCCCAAAUUCCCUACAGUGGUACCUCUGGUUAUGUACUUAAUUCGUUCCAGAGGUCCAUUCUUAACCGGAAACUGGUCUUCACCUGAAGCACCACUUUAGCUAAUGGGGCCUCCUGCUGCUGCCACGCCACCAGAGCACAAUUUCUGUUCUCAUCCUGAAGCAAAGUUCUUAACCCGAGGUACUAUUUCUGGGUUAGCGGAGUCUGUAACCUGAAGUGUAUGUAACCUGAAACGUAUGUAACCCAAGGUACCACUGUAUUGGGAAUUUUUGAAAUGGCUAUAACUUUCCCCCCCAUUUCAUAGAAAUGGUUGAAGUUUUCAGGCAUAAUAGUCCACCCCGAGUGGACUAAGCCUGCAAAAUUGCAUGCAAAUACAAACAGGUUGAGAGUGUUUUUGGCCUUGGCACCUUUUAAAGUUUGAUUUCUUUGUUGUUUGGUUUUAGAAUGAACCCUGAGCAGGGGACUCUGGGGUGGGGGGGGGGACCUAUGAGGAAAGCUGCCAUUCCCCUAAGUUAUACUGAACCCAAUUUAUUAAUGCAGAAUAGAGUGGGGGAAAUUGCACAUUUUUAAGUAAAAUAUGUGUAGGUUUUACAAGCAACAAACCAACCCACCACUUUUGAAAAUAACCUAAUUCUGAUAUUGUUGGAAGUGACACUAACAAUUUUCCUUCCCCCAUUUCAGUGUGGGGCAGGAAAGGCAGCAAGGAGAUAGACAAAUCCUCGGGUAUGCCAAGGAUAGGAGGGUCUCUGCCAGGGUGAAGGAGAAGAAAGAUAAAGAAGAGGGUGGACCUAGCCACCCUCCCCAUUUCCCUCUGAAAAACUAGCUAUCAACUGAAUUUAUUAUGCUGAUUAAAUGUAUGAAUAAGCCAGUACCUGACAAAUAUUCUGCUAAUGCAAAUUUCCUUCUCAACUGACUAAUCAUUAUUGACCAUAGGAAAUGCCAAGUGAUUAAUCAACUGACUAAUCAGUAUUUGGGGAUCACAAUAAAUGACAAGGCUUUAUUCUGUUCCCAAGGCAAUAUGUUUGAGGGCUCAGAAGCAGGACUGCGGCCACUUGAACUAUGGCUUGUGAGACAAGGGUAGAAUAGGUUGCAGUUGCUCUACUCUCUACUCUCCCAGUUUGGAUAAUCUUGCAAAGUCUUUCUCUUCUAUGGCCCAUUUCACAUUUCAUAGUAAAAUCAUAGUUAAUGGUUUGCUAUGAACAAACUAUGAUCCCUAGGUUAGCAUUACAUCCAAACACGCCAGAGUGGUGCAUGCUCUAGUUAUCUCUCACUUGGACUACUGCAAUGCGCUCUACGUGGGGCUACCUUCAAAGGUGACCCGGAAAUUACAACUAAUCCAGAAUGCAGCAGCUAGACUGGUGACUGGGAGCGGCCGCUGAGACCAUAUAACAUUGGUCUUGAAAGACCUACAUUGGCUCCCAGUACAUUUCCGAGCACAAUUCAAAGUGUUGGUGGUGACCUUUAAAGCCCUAAAUGGCCUCGGCUCAGUAUACCUGAAGGAGCAUCUCCACCCCCAUCAUUCAGCCCAGACACUGAGGUGCAGCGCUGAGGGCCUUCUGGUGGUUCCCUCACUGCGAGAAGCUAAGUUACAGGGAACCAGGCAGAGGGCCUUCUCGGUAGUGGCACCCGCCCUGUGGAAUGCCCUCCCACCAGAUUUCAAAGAGAAAAACAACUACCAGACUUUUAGAAGACAUUUGAAGGCAGCCCUGUUUAGGGAACCUUUUAAUGUUUAACUGACCAUUGUAUUUUAAUAUUUUGUUGGAAGCUGCCCAGAGUGGCUGGGGAAACACAGCCAGAUGGGUGGGGUAUAAAUAAUAAAUUAUUAUAAUAAUAAUAUUAUUAUUGUGGUUUGUUUCAUUCAAACAAACCUUGGUUUAUUGGGGGCACAACAAACUAUAAUCCCUGGUUUAGUUAUUGUAGUCUGUUUCAUCCAUGUGCUAAUAAGGGAUGAGUAGAACAGACUAGAAAGGUGUGAUUGUGACAGACCAUUAACUAUUGCUCAAUAUGACAAAUGAACAAGGUCUAUGUGUCUGUUUUAGGUACCAGUGAAGAACAGCAAACUUCCUGCUCUAGUGAUUCCAUUUGGUUAUAAAGAACUGGCUCGUAACCUUAUGUUCUAAAGUCCGUAAAAGGAAUAAAGUCAAAACUUGGCCCCAGGAGAUUGUAUUUCAGAAGCACUUAUAUGCAUUAAGUCUUCCUUGAUUUGCUAUAGGACAGCAGUGCUUUUGUACGCUAAGUCAGUAGAAGAUAAAAAGAAAUCAUCCAUCUUAUUCUUUUAAGUUUCCUCUUCAGUAGUUCUAGUAGAAAAGUCAAUUCAUGCUGCAAAUUUCCAUAUGAUUAAGAAUUUAUAUUUAAUCUUUCUGCCUGUAGAUAAAAACAAAUUAUUCCCUGAAGUCAAAUAAAAAAGUUUUAAUCAUAUUUUUCAACUUCAGGCCUGUAAUUAUUUUAUACUAAUCCCUACUAAUAUAAUACAGCUUCGGGAAGUGCUUGAGGAUGAAUGUUUUAAAAUAUUGAAAGUAAGUUCCUCUAGGAAAGAUGUCUAUAGAAAGAUGCCUGAGCUCACACACUGAUUGGAGCUGAAAAUUGAUCAGGUAAUCCCUCAACAGAGGAAUGAUGAAAUAUGGUUGACCAAAACAUCCUGAUUAUUAGUAAAAUCCAAGACAGCAAAUGUUUAUACAGAAUUUGUGAGGCCGUCUCUUCCCAUAUGAAUGGAGCCAGACUGUGCAAUCAUGAUCUGAAGCCCUUCUUUGUGUGCCUCCACCACGAGAGGUCCAGAGGCUGGCCACACAAGAACGGGCCUUCUCUGUGAUGGGUCUCCGUUUAUGGAAUGCUCUUCACAGAGUGGUUCACCUGGCACCACCAUUAUAUAUCUUUAGGCACCAGGCAAAAACUUCCCUCUAUAACCAGGCAUUUGGCCUUUUAGAAGUAGGUGAGAUGUUUUUAAUAUAUUUCUUUUUCCUCUUGGUUUUUAUGAAUCUCUGUGGAGUGGAGUCAGCUGUCUGUUUCUUGGAUUGUAAGUCACUUUGGGUUGCCCUGGGCAAGAUAAAGCGACUAACAAAUUUAAUAAAUAAAAUAAAAAUAAUAAUUAAUAAAUAGGGUGACACGGCUCUACCCAGAACUACUCCAAUGGCAUCAGCUUCAGAUGUUUGCCCAAUCUCAAUUGUCCUUCAAUUUACAGAUGAGUGAGAAGGUACAGUGAAUAUCUGGCCAAUUGUUCAUGUGUGAGCACAGACAAAGGCACAGUUCGCACAUGAAGACAUUUGCAUAGUGCCCUGUGAUCAGGGGGGAUGAAGCAGCUUCCUCUGCUGCUGCUGGAGAAGUGGUGCCAGGAUCAGUGCUGAUUUCCGGUGAGAUGUUGCUGAAAUCUCACCAGAAACCAGAGGAGGCAUGGUGGGGAGGGGCAGCCCUUCCUGUUUCAACUCACAUGGAAAAACAAGAUGUGCCGUCCCUGCAUGCGAAGGCCUUGCCCCGCUCUGCCCCACGUAAACAACAUUCUUGCACAUCUGAAACAGUGCAUAAGCUACUGGUGGCCAGCACUUGAGCAGACACCAAGCCAGGCUCACACCUCCCAACAGAAUGCAGGUUGUGAGAUAUCCCUGUGCGACAAUCCCUUCAGCUGCCAUCUGUUUUCCUAGUGUUAAAAGAAUCCAGCUACAAGCAGAGGAUCUCUUCCGAGUGUGAAAGCGUGCUUCAUGUGGCAAAUUGUGCGACAGCUUGCACAUCUGCAUUUGGAAAUGAACAAGCAGGUGGGGAGGAGGGGUUGCUUCUGCUGAUAGCCACUGCCUUUUUGCAAAUUUAAAAACCAUUAUGGGUCGUGAAUUCCAAUAAACGAACAUUUCAUAUUGAGUCAACCUGUAAACAUGUUUAAUCAAAAAAAUAUUAUUUAUUCAAUUUGUAUACCGCCCUAUCCCCAUUGAUCUCAGGGUGGUAUAUUGCAUCAUUUGACGGUGGAGGCUUUUUUUAAUAGCUGCUCAACUGUAUUUUUCAACAGAGGAAAGAUGAGCCAGAAUGGGCAAGAACCAGUGAAGCAAACAGGAAUGGGAUUAAUGGAGGCUGAAGGUAAACUGGAUAUUGUCAACGUUAGAACGAUACAUUUUAAAAGUUCAUAGAAAACUAUCUGUUGGUUUUUAUUUUCUAUACUGAAGCACCUGAAAAAAACACAUUAAGAUAGUUGCUGUGAAGAGUGACAUUAGGGAGAAUUACAAAUCUCCGAAAAAGACUGUAGUUCAUAAAUUCCUGUUGUGAGAAUUUUACACCAGCAUCACCAAAAACCGAAUCAACCUCUUUUUGCACAGGACAAGUUGAGUGCAAUAUUAGAAAGUGCAAUGAAAUGUUGACAACUGGCUUCGUUGCAAAAAUAAUUAUGCAGAGAUUAUAAUGCAGAGACAAUUAUUUAAGGUGUAUACUUCCACUUGCAAUCACCUCACAUAUGUAUAAAAUAUAUAUGCAGCCGUUUGUAAAAUAAUGGCUACAAACAUGAAGCCAAAGUUCUGUGAGGAGAUGUGGGUAGUAAAGAACACGGUGUCAGCUUUUGAAUUAUUAUUCCUGUAGGCAUAUUUGAUUUAUUUUAACCCUGAAGAGCUAAUGAUGCUUAAGAUCAUUGGUUCAGUGAACCAGGGAGACAUAGAGGAAAGCAAUCAGUGUACGUGGGGAAAUAAUGUGCAUCAAACUUGUUCGUUCUCACCUUCCUAAGCCUGAUCUUAGUUGCUCCAAGGGCUAAAAUAGGGUUUGGAAUGAAUGUCAGCAGUUAGUGCAGCAGACUCUCCCGGAUUUGUUUAUUCUCUCUUAAAGAAAACCUGACACCUUAUCAGUCCAUAUUACCAUAAGGAGCAGAAAUGAAUGCAUGCAACUCAUGAGGGAUGGGCCAUUCCUUGUUGCUCACACUACAGUUUGCCUCAUGCUGGUGGCAAGGUGUCUAGAAAGCUUUGGGCAGCCUAAGAUUCUGUGAAGAUUCUCACAGACCCUACCCAGACCUUCACUGAUUUCCAGAAGACUGGCAUCAAUGGUGGUAAUGGGGGCUCUCAGUCUUCCUCUUUGCUGGAGGACAACAUGGAAAUGACAACAAGGAGGGUAGACUGGUACCCUGGAGUGCCUGGCUUCUGAUUCAGAGGUAGACCGGUACCCCCAGGUGCUUUGCUGUGGGUCAGAUUCACGUGGCACUGAUGGUGGUAAUUUUUGCAAUUUUCCUACUCUUGGGGACAUUUUUUGCACCUUUUCGCAGUUUAGAUCAAUUUAUUUAUUUUCUGGUGCCACACAGAUAUUAUUUGAAAUAUAAGUGACAUGCCACCUGAGUUAUGCUUUCCUUCCACCCUCUUUGGCUUUGCGUGCAACAAUCACUGAGAUCAUUGAAUACUCUGAAUGUGCAAUCACUUCCUACACAUAGAAUCAUAGAAUCAUAGAAUCAUAGAGUUGGAAGAGACCACAAGGGCCAUCGAGUCCGACCCCCUGCCAAGCAGGAAACACCAUCAGAGCACUCCUGACAUAUGGUUGUCAAGCCUCUGCUUAAAGACCUCCAAAGAAGGAGACUCCACCACACUCCUUGGCAGCAAAUUCCACUGUCAAACAGCUCACAUGCUGGGAUGACCCCAAGACAGAGCUCUAUAGGUUUGCUACAUCAGUGGCGUAGCGUGGGGGGUGCAGGGGGGGCCGGCCGCACCGGGCGCAACAUCUGGGGGUGGCGCGCUCGCACUCGCAGCUCUCUGCCCCUACCUGGCUCACUCACUCUCUCUCACUGCAGUGCUGGCUGUGCGAAUCCGAUCCGAGCCGCUGGGUCGCCGCCCACUGUGGAGGGGUGGUUGCCAGGCGUGCGGUGCGGAGAGAGAGCGAGGGACUAUCUGGGGGAGGGACAGUGCAGCGGCCGCCCAGCGCAGCGCUGAGCGCGGGAGAGAACCACACCAGACCAGACCAGGCAGAAGCAAGAAGAAGCUGGCAGCGGCGGCAGGUUAGGGGUUAGGAGGCGCAAAUUACUUGCCUUGCCCCGGGUUAGGGGGUGCAAAUUACUUGCCCCGGGUGCUGACAACCCACGCUACGCCGCUGUCCUACAUGGUUGUUAUUGUUACCUGAGUUGUCCCUAUAGCAUCCGCCUGGUAAGCCCCAACUAUGUUGUAAUGUAAAUGUUAACACAACGUCCCUUAAACUAAGCUUUAGAGCAGGGGUCAGCAAACUUAAGUCCCGGGGCCCGGAUUAGGCCCAAUUUCUUCCAUGGUUUUCAUGCUGGAAAUGUUCCAUUUUGUUCUUCAUCUCUAUGCUGAUUACUGUUGCUUGAUCUUAUCCCCGGACAUGCAAAUAAUCCUGCAUGCUACUCAAACUCUGACCCCCUUAGACGGCUGGUUGGCAAACCACAUCAGCAUCUAUGCUACCUACUGUCUCUACAAUUAACCAGAUAUAUAACAAAAGAUCCAAUUUCUCUUUAAAUGAUGGCCUGCUCCGUGAGUAUCAUUUUAAUCAAUAUAACAUAGUUACUGACCAGACGAGCGCUGAUCUGAGGGAAAUGGAUAUUGAGCCAAGAUUUUGCAGAGAAAACUGGCCACUUUGAAUUCCCUAAUAGCAGACACUGUAAUGGUAAUUGAAUAUCUAUUUUUAGUUUUAGUCUUCAAAGUCAUGUCCAAAAGUGCUGGAGGCUGGAGAUUGCAAAAACCAUUGAAAGUCCUUAUAAAUCAAUAAAUCAUGUUCUUUGCGCAACAGCAGGAAACAACUCUUGUGGAGCCCCAUUGUAUCUCCAGCAAGGGGCCUGAGUAAAAAUAAACCAAUACUGUAUACCCUGAAGUGCCUGAAGUGGGAUUUCUUCUGGAUAAACACAGAUAGGAUCAGGCGGCAUGACAAACGGCUUCCUCUUGCCCCAUUGCUUUCCCCUGAGGGAAACCGCCCUUCACCACUCAGUCGGAGUAAAACGCCAUUCGGGUUUCCCCUGGAAGGCCAUUUGUUCUUCUCUAUCGCUAAGGAGCGGAACUUCCCUUGCAAAGGAGUGGGGCAAGCAGAAAUCGGCUGUGCCCCAUGCUUUCUAAGCAAGGCAUAGGUGGAAGUGUGAACAAGCCCAAAGCCCUUUAGGACUAAAAUGGGUGUGCCAAAGAAGUCCAUAGAGUCAAUGCAGGCACCCAUCCUCUGUGUUGAUGCUUCCACACCUGCAAUGUGCUAGAAUCAUAGAAUCAUAGAGUUGGAAGAGAGCACAAGGGCCAUUGAGUCCAACCCCCUGCCAAGCAGGAAACACCAUCAGAGCACUCCUGACAUAUGGUUGUCAAGCCUCUGCUUAAAGACCUCCAAAGAAGGAGACUCCACCACACUCCUUGGCAGCAAAUUCCACUGUCAAACAGCUCUUACUGUCAGGAAGUUCUUCCUAAUGUUUAGGUGGAAUCUUCUUUCUUGUAGUUUGGAUCCAUUGCUCCGUGUCCGCUUCUCUGGAGCAGCAGAAAACAACCUUUCUCCCUCCUCUAUGUGACAUCCUUUGAUAUAUUUGAACAUGGCUAUCAUAUCACCCCUUAACCUCCUCUUCUCCAGGCUAAACAUGCCCAGCUCCCUUAGCCGUUCCUCAUAAGGCAUCGUUUCCAGGCCUUUGACCAUUUUGGUUGCCCUCCUCUGGACACGUUCCAGUUUGUCAGUGUCCUUCUUGAACUGUGGUGCCCAGAACUGGACACAGUACUCCAGGUGAGGUCUGACUAGAGCAGAAUACAGUGGCACUAUUACUUCCCUUGAUCUAGAUGCUAUACUCCUAUUGAGUACAGCCCAUUGCUGUUCCGUCAUAUUUAUGUUUCUACUGGAGAGGUUACUAGUUUUUAGAUUUGCUCAUAGUUUGGGAGAAACGAAGGGACACAGGUGGCGCUGUGGGUUAAACCACAAAGCCUAGGGCUUGCCGAUCAGAAGGUCGGCGGUUCGAAUCCUCGCAACGGAGUGAGCUCCCGUUGCUCUGUCCCAGCUCCUGCCAACCUAGCAGUUCGAAAGCAUGAAGUGCAAGUAGAUAAAUGGGUACCGCUCUGGUGGGAAGGCAAACGGCAUUUCUGUGCGCUGCUCUGGUUCGCCAGAAGCGGCUUAGGCAUGCUGGCUACAUGACCCGGAAGCUGUACGCCGGCUCCCUCAGCCAGUAAAAUGAGAUGAGCGCCGCAACCCCAGAGUCAUCCGUGACUGGACCUAAUGGUCAGGGGUCCAUUUACCUUUACCUGGGAGAAAUGACAUCACAGCUUCUAGAUCAGUAACACGGAGGGGGGGGGUUAAGAUACCUGGCACAGGGAAUGGGGAUUGUCCACAAAUAUAUCCGCAAAUUUUGUACUUUGCCUAAUGGUUAAUCUGGCCCUGAUAUUAACUUUUUACAAAAGUUGUGUAGUGCAUUUUCAGGCAUACAUAUUUUGGGGGGAGUAGGUGUCCUGUAUCUCACUGCUUCAUAGCUGCAUAAAAAAUACUUCUCAUUUAUCACAAAGGUAUGUUUGGUUCUGCCUUGAGCAGGGUCACAUCUUCUGUCUAGGACUCUUGAUAGUCUGAGAUUAAUCAAUGCCAAAAUAUUUAAAGGAGAAAAAUAUCAGUGAGCUUGAUCUCUGUUGCUGAAUAAUUGCUUUCAUGCUGAGAGAGUGGUACUGAGCAAUCGAAAGGUGCUUCUCUGCAGUUGGUCCUCUGUGUGCAUCAGUCUGUACAAGACGUUUCUUUAUUUUCUGGCACGCUGCUGUUUACUGCAAAGACAUACUCUAGGAAGCUGAGAAGGAGUCAUCCCCAGGAUAAUGGAGUCUUAAUAGCACUAAAGACCCAUGAUGUAAGAAUACUUUAAAACUUCCUUUCUUUAAGUUCCCCUGCCUUUAACCCAUUGUUCUUAGCAAUCUCCCUAGUCUAUGCAUUCUCCAGAAACUUCCUACACUGGGAAAUUUGGCAACUAUUUAGCCAGGUACGGUGCAUCCUUCACAAUUAGGGAUCGUUUCGCUUCAAAACCUUCACCGGCUAAGCACUGGUAACAUCAUGCUGUUUUUAGGACCAACUGAAGAUGUUUGCAAGACAGCUUCUAAUUUGCACAGAACUCUUUGAGCCGGUUCAUAUUUUAAAAUCCUCUUUGCAGAGCCGUUCCAUGGAACCUAGGCCAGUAGAGGAAGUGUAUGUGUGUUCAGCAUCAUAUUUCUUCUUGUGGGCCCUGUAUUUUAGAAACAUCAGCUGGCAAGGUAAAACUGAUGGUGUGUGGUUGCUGGGGGCAGGGGCUAACCAGGUUUCAAGACCAGAUGUCCCAUAUCUUGGUACCUGCCUGCUGCUUUCUGUCUGUAAGUACAUAAGAACAGCUGGCUUAGGCCAAAGGCCCAUCUGGUCCAGCAAUCUGUUCUCACAUAAGCCUGUAGGAAGCCUGCAAGUAGGACCCAGUUGCAACAAUGCUCUCCCCAUUUGCAAUUCCCAGUAACGGGCCUUUGGAGGCAAUACUACCUCCAACAACGGAGGUAGGUGGAACAUCACUCUCAUGGCUAGUAGUAGCCAUGGAUGUCCUUAUUCUUCAUGAAUUGGUCUGAUGCUCUUCUAAAGCCAUCUAAAGUGGUGGCACCACUAGCUCCUAUGGCAGGGAAUUCCAUAAUUUAACUCUGCACUGUGUGAAGAAGGACCCUCAUUGCUGCUGCCUUGAGUGCUGGAAGGAAGACCUUCUCUCUGCUGCAAGGCCCAUUUUGACCUGGUCUAGGGGCAGAGCCCAGACUCACCCUGAACAGUUAAAAGAGGCUCCUGGGAGGCCACUGGGACAUUGCUGGAACAACUGUUGGGUUGGGGCAACUGACUAAAAUGUUUUUAAAUGGUUCUAAUUUUGGUUCCUCUUUUGUUUUUGGCAGGUUGGUGUUGGUUUAAUGUUUAGUUGGGGUUGGCAGUUAUUUUAAUUUGGGUAUAACUGUAAACUGUUUGCUGUUGUUGUUGUUAUGUGUUUCUGUUGAUUUAUUGGUUUCUUUGUUGCUUGUAUAGGAUAGGUUGUUUCUUGAUGUUUUAUAUUUGAUAUUUUGUUGUGUUUUUAUGUAUGUUUUAAGCCUUCCAGAGUGGCUGGGGAAACCCAGCCAGAUUGAUGGGAUAUAAAUUUCAAAAAUACUAUUAUUUCUUAUUAUUUCUGUUCCUCUCACAUCCUUUUAUAGAGAUUUAUUUAUUCAUACAUACAUACAUACCCUGCCCAUCUGGUUGGGCUUCCCCAGCCACUCUGGGCCACUUCCAACGAAAGAUUAAAAGUACAUUUAAACAUCAGUUAUUAAAAACUUCCCUAAACAGGGAUAAAAUGUAGCAAGAAUCUAAUACACCCCCAUACCUCUGCCCCACCGCCCGGGCGAGGAAAGUGACCCUGUAAACAGUAGCUCUGAAACUUUCUACCUGUCAAGAAACAGGGUAAUAGGAAACAAUAUUUCACAUGUGAGUAGCCUAUUACUUGUGUUUUUUCUCCUGCAUCUGAAUGUUCUGAUUUCCCCUUUGUGACCUCCUCUCAGAACUGUCAGUGGAACAUGGUUUUAAGAUCAGGGCUCUCCAUAAGAUGAACAGCAUCCCUUGGUUCUUGACAACUGUUUCUACAAAUAAAAGGAAGCUUUUGCGUUGCUCUGUCAUUGCUUUUCUGAUGGUCCAUCUUGCCUCUGAGAUUUCUCUAGGCCAUUCUGUGCAUGCUGUUAAGUCCCUUCCGGCUUCUCCUUUUGCACACUUAGCUUCAUUCAUAUCCACUUUGUCUUCUCUUAGCAUUUCAGUGAAAGAGGAAUCAGACAAUGGAUUUUAUUAACAAUUUGAUCUUGCCAUUUGUGAGUGUACGGUGUGUGGCAUGAGCUGCUGAUAUGAAACCUUUCUUUCUUUCGCCAAACCUUUAUUAGGCAUUAGAGAUGUAGACCAUCUUAAAACAUUCAUGUACAAAAAAUUUAAAAUAUAUACAAAGAAACAGCCAUAUAAGAUAUAUAGUAACAGAAAUUUUCAUUGCAGUGUCUUCCCGCUAAACCGUGCCAUUCACCACGAUAUGAAACCAACCACUGAAAAUGUAUUUUUUGUCUUUUUCACCUCCUACACCUAGAUCUGAGCUCUUGAGUACUAGCCUUUGAUUCACUUACUUGUCAAGUUGAAUCACACAAUCUUUCAACUGUUUAAGGUCUUCAGAUUCGAGUCACACCAAGGCAUCCAUUUAUAGCUGGUGUUCUGAGUGCUAUAUAUGGUUUGCAGUUGUUAGCAUGCGGGAAGAAAAGAUUCAUUUAAAUGACGAUAAAAGCAGGGCUACGGCUGCAAUCCUGAGCUCUAAAGUGACUCAGGAUAGACCCUGCCAGUAAGUCACUGUACUCUGUUGAGAACUGCAUGAGCAAAGGCUUUCCCCACAGUACUCAGCAGGGAGAUCCCAUGGUAGUUGUUGCAGUCUUGACGGUCACCUUUGCUCUUGUAGAGAGUCACAAUGCUGGAGUCACACAUGUCUUGUGGCACAGAUCCUUGUUCCCAACUCUGCAAGAGGAGGCUGUGGAGGUGUGUCAUGGGAGACGAACUGAAGUUUCCAACACUUCUGUUAGGAUUCGGCCUUGUCUUGGGCCUUUACCACAUGCCUGAGAGUUGAUGACAUUCUUCAGCUCAUCAAAGAAGGGAGUGGCAUCCAGUUCUUCCAAGACAGGAUACUCUUACCUGGGAGUAACCUCUAUUGAAUUCAGUGAGACAUGCUUCUCAGUAAACAUGGUUAGCAUUGCCCUGCAAGAGACCAAGUAACAAAUCAAGAACUUCCUGGUUUUGGUCUUAUCUCACCUCAGUCAUGAACUCACUUACAUGGCCCACCAUGACACCCUGGUGGUAUGAAGGAAACACUUCUUAAAUUUCCUCAGGCUUCUCAGUCCUCUGUAACUUUUAUGGUUCUUUAUGCUUCCUGUUAUCUCAGCUCACUGCCCUUAUACUGGCCCUUUUAUAUUGUUGGUGUUUAAUGUUUCAGUUUUAAGGAUGCACAUUGUAAUAAACCUCCUAAGCUGACUCACUCAGCUACAUUCUACUUAAUUAUUCCAAGAAACCACCAAUGGAGAUUUAGAAAUUAUAGUUCUAGGACCACAAUUCUAAAACAAUCGCUGCUGUCUACACUAAUGUCAAGUUCAGGAUGUAAAGAGCCCAUGUAGAUGUUAGGUAAUGCAAGUUGAGCAGCUAAUGCGGAUAACAAUUGUAUAUAGCAGAGGCAAGGGACCUUUGUCCCAGCAAAUGGUACUGGAAUACAACUGGUUUUCACCAGCACCUCUAUUGUUGAAGGAAAUAUUCCUGAUUUGCAGGGGGUUGGACUAGAUGAUCUUCUUGGUCCCUUCCAACUCUACAGUUCUAUGAUUCUACACCCAAAAUUGCCAGAAAACCUUUAUCUAGUUAUCUCCCCCACCCCCUUUGUAGAAGUUGAUCAAUAUGAACAGUGUGUCCCAUUCCUUUGCCUCCGGUGUACAUAAGCCGGGUUAGGAAUUGGAGUCCACCCUGACACUUUACUGAAAGGUAAAGAAAGAUGGCUAACCAGCCACACAUCUACCCCCCCUUCCUUGCUGCCAGUGGAAACAGCUUCCGACAAGAUCCUGCUUUCAUGCCAUGCUAAGUUGUUGAUGUAGCUCCUGUUAUAUUUAAAGCUUUUCCCCUCGAGCAGCCUUUCUUUCUAGUUGACAGUAAAAUGGAUGGUCUCUGAAAGGAGCUUUUUGUUGCCACUGUUUUCAUUUCCGAACAGUAGCAGGGACUGCAGAACAGUUUUAAUCCCCUCUUGGGCUCUCCGGGAUAUCGGAGCUGAAAAUGUACAACCACCAGGAAGCCUAAAGCGGCAGAAAGAGUAAAGGGAGAAGACUCCAAAAGCAUUGUCUCCGUGAGCCAUAAGCAAAGAACACGGACCAUCAAGCUGUCACGUUAGAAGAGAAGAGAAGCAAAACAGGAAUGUUUGGUGGCCUGUAUGAAUGGCAUUAGAUGUCUUAGGAUAAGAAGUCGAGUGGAAAUCCAUGCAGUGACCUGCAUGCAAAAAUGGAUGUAGAGAGUCUGUGCAAGUGCAGCUCUUGUACAGGUUUUUCUCGUUGUUCAGUUUAUUUGGGCUUGAUAACCAUUGGGGGUAACUUCCUCUCUGCAGACCAUAAUAAUUAGCGCAGAAGGUGUAAGAAUGAACUGUUUCUCACUAUGCAAUGUACCAGCUCCUACUUCUUGCAUUUCCUUGGCCCUUUUGCUCCACGGAUGGUGCAAAAUGCCCUCCCUCCCAAAAGUAUCUCUCUCUCUCUCUCUCUCUCUCUAUAUAUAUAUAUAUAUAUAUAUAUUAUUCAGUUUGAUUUUAAAUUUCUUUGUAAGCUGCCUCGAGCCAUGGAAAAUGCAGGAUGAGCAUGUUUCAAGUAAACAAACCUCUUUCUAGUCCAUUUCAUGUAUCUGGUGUGAGGAGAGCCGUAGCCCAUGAAAGCUUAUGCCGCCAUCAAUUUGCUCGUCUUUGAAAUGCCGCACGAUUCUUUGCUGGUUUGGCUGCAACAGACCGAAAUAGCUGCCCUUCUGGAAUUUGGUCUGCCAUUCUACAUUAUACUAUGACAAUAUUCUCACUUUCCCCAGUAAUACUGUUGCCUGUUCCCGCUCUCAAACAAUGACACAUCAUCCCUGCGAGGUGCAGAGUCGCUCAGGCUGGUAUUGAAUGGCUGUGGCAUUUCUCCAGAGUAGUGAGCCACAACACGGCUUCUUUCCCACUGCAAACUAGGGUGGGAAGUUGAUUUGCAUCCAGGAGGAGAAGCGAGCAAUGCUAAUAUUAACCACACAUUCAUGGAAUAGUUCCCAGGUUCAGUCUCAGUUGUUGUCAGUCUUGAGAAUGAUCAGGUAACAGGACUUCUCUCUCUGACAGGAGACCAUCGAUCAGACAUGGGGAACUUGUGGCUGUCCAUAUGUUGUUGGAUUCCAGCUCCAUCACCCGUGGCCCCUGGGCCAUGUGCCGGGUGGGGCUGAUAGGAAUUGCAGGCCCAUAUUUCCAGGAGGACCAGACUGAGGCCACUCAAAGCCAGUCAGAGCUAGAUGAAGCCAUGGUCUCAUAUGGCAGCUCCUUGUAAACAAGAGACAAACACACUGAUACUUGAGAGGGGCAGUGUUUAUUAUUGCUAUGGAUUUGGGGGAGAACCCCCCACUGCCACCCAAUAAAUUAAUAAAUGCUAGGUUUUUUAUUGUUUGGGAUGUGAGCUAGCCUAUGCAAAAUGACCUGGUCAAAUCAGGGCUCUUAAGAAACAAUACAGAGUCAUUGAGGGCCAUUGGCAAGGCAAGAGAACUGUCCUUCCCCCUUGCCCUGAGGUGUGAAUAGAGACUGGGGAUUUGGAAGGUUGCCAGGGUAACUGGGUGUGAGGUGACAGGGGAAUAGAGUCUUGAGCAAGGCUUGCCGGGAAGAGGAAGGAAGAAGAAAGACUGGGAUCCAUAUUGGGCAGGCUGGCUGAUGGCUGAGAGAUGCCUUGGACUCCAGGGCUACGCUGCUAUGGGAGACAAGCCCCUCUUGAUAUGACCUUGCUGCAAGGUCUGGACUCCCUCCAUGCACAGUGAAGGUAUAAAAACACAGGGAGUAAGUUGUGGCAGAUAGCAAUAACGUAUCUUGGACUAAACAUUUUAAACUUAUUUUAGCCUGGCGAAAAAACAAUAAUGUCAUUUAAUUGCAUAGAAAGGAUUAAAAUAUCAGUUUCUCUGCAGGCCUGUGAUUUAUUUAAAAAUAGAGGCCUAACUUUAUUCUGUGUUCACGCACACAUGCACACAGAUACAUUCAGAAAAUUCACAUGUUGUUCAAGGUGUAAAUGACGGGUCUAAAUUUGAAGCUGCUAUGCAGUUCUCUAGGCAGAUGUGAUUAUGAAGUGUGACAUUGUGCAUCUGGGUAGACAGAUUCAGUGUAUUUUGAAAUCUGUGCUUGCUCUCCUGCUUUCCCUCUACCUGAAAAGGGGUUUGCGCGCUUCAUAGAGGGGACGAUGCCUUUCAUGCACUGGGGAGCGUUCUGAGCCACAACACUAGCAGAUCCUUGUUAAUGAUGGAAUUACCAACACUCUGGUUUUAAGCUGGUGUGCCGAGGGUGUUUUUACCUCCAGACCAGUUGCCUGGCAAGUAAGGCCAGUGUUUUCUUCCCAGCCAUUCCCUCCUGUCCCCACCACAUUAAUUAAUUUUAUUAAUUAUUAAAGUAUUUCAAUAUAGUUAAAAACAAACAAAAAUAUUUUUGGUAUGUGCAUGCAUUGUAGUCAUAGAUGUACUAAAUAGGGCUGGGGGAGCCCAGAAGAUGACAUAGGGAUGCAUGGAUAAAAUUUCCCGCCAUAGGAUUUGACUGUAAGAAAAUGUCCUCCAGCUGUUUCUUUUUGGCUUUUUACACGUUUAAAUCAAUAACUAAGCACAAUAAAACCCAUGAAAUGCAAGUAUCGUAGCUCUUUCAAGGCAAAUAUUCAGGACAGAUAUAAAAUAGUGGUGCUAUUUUGUGCUGGAUAUAGAAAAAGAAGCAUGGGUUUUAAAAAGAAUUAUGAGUUUGGGCAAAAAGUUAGCAGCUUCAUAGUGAUUUUUACUGACCAGAUUAUGGGAAUUUAGGAGGGACCUGAAGUCAGUAUGUAUACAGAGUGUAAUUUCAAAAUGCACAUCUGCCAGUGAGCCAUAGAGAACAUUUAAGACUUGUCCUCACUUAACUUUCCUCCGCUCUUUCCAGGCACAGUCCGUGAUUUAAAGUUUCAUAAUCAAGCACCCUUUUUUUGUUGCUCUGGAGCUUGAGAAUUGAGAUUUGCUCUGAUUCUACUAUCCAGAGCAGGUUUUUUGCCAUGAAAGCUCAGAGCAAAAAUAAGGUACUGCUUGGACACAGAGCGUUAAAAGUGCAGACAUCUGCCUGGAAAGAGCAGGGCGAAAGGUACUUGUGGAUAAGACCUUAGGCAUUACUUCUCAUACCUUUUCUCUAUCAAAUUGAAAUAUUUCCAGUUUUUAAAGAUCCAGCACAUUUUAGCAAAGUUGUGCGGCACCAGGUAUCUAUGUAUUGCUCAAUUCACACAGCCAUUUUGAGUGAAACUAUUAGAUCACAUCCACAGCAUAUGUUCAGCACAGAGAGAAAACUGGGAUACUUCUUAGAACUUAAUGAAGGACAAAUUAUUACAUAGGAAGUUGCCUUAAACGGAGUCAAGCUAUCAGUGCAGGGGUUCAAGUGGUGGUUUUACCCAGCCCUACUUUGAGAUGUUGAGGAGUGAAACUGGCGCCGUAUACAUGGCUCUCUCGCUGAGCUACAUUCCCUAAAUAAAUAAAGUGCUGGGUUCUGCUCAGUUUUGUUUUGUAAGGUUGUAUUUAAACACACACACACACAAAAUACUUUAACUUCAAAAUGGGCUUAACGGUGGACUAUAUUAAAAUUCAAAAUAGGGGUUUUUAUCAGGGGAGGAGAAGCCAAAAUACAGGAAGAACAUUGAGCAGGCUAAUUUUUGUGGUUUCUGACUACAGUAUUGUUUUGUGGCGUCGGCUUCCUCCCCCCUGUGGGCAAAUUGAAAAUUGCAUUUAGGUUUUCCAAUCAUUCCUAGACGAAUCUGCGGAGACGGUAAUCCCGGGGGGGGGGGGCGAGGAGAGGAAAAACCUGCAAUAUGUUUUUGGGUGGAUUUCUGCGUAUUUGGGAUUGUGAAUACUUUUGAACAGCUCCACGCCACAUUACAUUACCUUUCCAGAGGCCAAGUUGAUACAAGACUAAUUAAGUACCUGCCAAUUCAACUAAAAGUCUACUCUUGUUGACAUCAACAUACCUAAAUGUUCAUCCAGAUUGACUUUAUGAGAAGAAUUAUAGUUUAUGCCAGGACACCAAAACAGCUGUACUCUUAGAAGAUACUGAGUACAGUAAUCUGCACUCACAAUGAGAAAAUAAAUAAUAAUAUGCUCCAAUUCAAGGAGGAGGGAAAUUUUGUUCUGUCUGCUUUUUCAGUUGAACCAACCUAAUUUUUAUUCCCAGACAAAUGCAUAGAUUUAGAACAUAGUUAUCCUUCAAAUUUCACAUAUCUAAAUGCAAAAUCUAUACCCUGGUUAGAAAUGUGUACACUGAGAUGAAAUACCUAUUUAUCUCAGGUUCACCUGGCAUCUUCAUUAUAUAUCUUUAGGUGCCAGGUGAAAAUGUUCCUCUUCAACCAGGCCUUUAGCUGAGUCAUAUUCUACAGCCCUUAAAAUGUGUCUGUGGGAAAGGGGGGGUAUUGUUUUGCUGGUUUUGUUUUAAUUGUUUGCCUGUGUUUUUAUCUUGCAUUUUAUUCUGUGAACUGCCCUGAGAUCUCGUGAUGAAGGGCUGUAUAUAAAUUUAUAUAAAUUUAAUACGAUUAAGAAAAUGAAAAUAAAUAAAAUAAAUGCCAGCGCUUUGAAUUAGGCUUGGAAACAGACUGAAAGCCAGAGGCGCCAUAUUCUCUAGAGUUUUGGGAGGGGCAACAUGACGGGGACCGACAUUCUCUUUUUUAUUAUUUAUUUUUUAUUCAAAAUUAUAACAAGUCAUAUUAUCCAAAAACAUAUCAUCCUUGUUUUUUCCCCCAUUUUUCCUCCCUCCCCCCUCCCACACAGAACCCACCCACCCCCGACUUCCCUCAGUUCCAGUCUUUGGUUUCUCUAAGAAUGCUGUUUUCUGCAUGUUACAAAGUUGUAUAGAUCCUCAAACUAUUUAGCUGAUUAUUAUCAAUAAAAAGUUUGUGAAUGUUUAUUCAAAACCUGCCAAGGAGUCCAGUUCGCUUUGGUGCAUCUUCAGAUACUUUGUAAAGGGUUCCCAUUCAUCCUUAAAGUCACAGUUAUCCUUGUCCCGUAGCUUAUAUGUCAGUUUUGCCAGUUCUGCAUAGACCAUCAAUUUUUCUUGCUUCGGGACCGACAUUCUCAAAAAAAUUAAUUUGGGGUCCGAAACUGCCUCGGUCCCUAGGAGUUGCCGCCUAUGCUGAAAGCCAAUGCCCUUUCCCCAUUAUCAGCCUGGAAGUUAUAGUCUGUAGCAGCGGGUGGCAAGGUUUAACUUGCCUGGGCCGGUUCAGCGGAGAUCCCUCUGUGGGCCAGAUUGCGCACCUCCGUGGGCCGGAUUGUGCACAUGUGUGAGCGCAAGCAGCCACGAUUUCCAGCGUCUGUGUUGACACGAUUUCAGUGUCUGUGUCUGCACAGACGCGAUUUUGGGCUUGUGCAGACGCAAUUUCCAGCACCGCGGAAGCGAGGCCCCGCGCUGCACCGGUUUAGGGCAAUGCACAGGGACUCACGAGCAGACGACUCAGUUCGGGGACGACUCAUGGGCCAGUUAAAAAACCCCCGUGAGCCGCUUGUGGCCCAUGGGCCUUAGGUUACCUACCCCUGGUCUGAAGUAAUUGCAGUUUCUGAAACUCUCCAGAAGCAGCCUCACAUGCUGUGUGUUGCAACAACUUGUUGGGAUACUGCCAGGGAGACGGAGCCAUCAGGCAGGCCCCAAUUGUCAUCUCCGGACGAUCACCGGUCUCCCGUGGAAAGAGCAUCAGUCAAUUAGCAACACGAGCCUCAGAGACAUUCCAAGACUCAUGCACGCCCUUUCAGCAGAGUUUCCAAAACGGAAGAUUCAGACAGGAGAGCAUAUUUACAGCUUUAUUCAACGUAGAUCAGAACAAAGGAAAAACAUGACUGCUUGCCUCCAUGUCCAGGAAAACAGCCGGAACAAAAGCUAUAUACAAAACGGAAGUUCCCAGAGAGACCAGUGCUGGGAGUAAACAGGCAUGUGACACACAACAAUAAUGCCUGACCAUUUAAGGUGGAACGGAACUAUAUCAUAACAGUUACCACAUCAUGGCACUGCCCAGGAAAGGACCACAGCUGCCACAGAAAUCUAAGACGAAGGAAGGAUUUGUCCCAGAGGCACCUUGGGGCUCAAGUAUUAAAUCCCCGCAAUACAAACCUAAUUGUGUAGGUUCAAUGGAUAAGAGCAUGGAUAGGCAAACUAAGGCCCAGGGGCCGGAUCUGGCCCAAUCGCCUUCUCAAUCUGGCCCACGGACAGUCCGGGAAUCAGUGUGUUUUUACAUGAGUAGCAUGUGUCCUUUUAUUUAAAAUGCAUCUCUGGGUUAUUUGUGGGGCAUAGGAAUUCGUUCAUUUCCCCCCAAAAAAUAUAGUCUGGGCCACCACAAGAUCUGAGGGACGGUGGACCAGCCCCCUGCUGAAAAAGUUUGCUGACCCCUGGAUAAGAGUGUCUGACCUGGGAGACCAGGCGUCAAAUCCCCACAUGGUCAUGGAUUUCACUGGGUGAACUUGAGCCGGCCGUGGUCUCUCAUCCUAACCUUCCUUGCAUGAUUGCUGUGGGGAUUAAAGGAGGAGGAGUACACCACCUUGAGCUCUUUGGAGAAAAGAGUGGCCUUUAAAUGCAAUAAAUAAAUAAAAUUAGCUGCAUUGCACAGAGAAACCACCCACAGCAUCUCUGUUUUGUCAAGAUUGUACUCCAAUUUAUUGGCCUCAUCCAAUCCACUAGAGCGCCAAUAUACCUGUUUAACAUCCCCAUGGCCUCACUUGCCUCAGGGGUAAAUGAGAAGCAGAGCUUGGUGUGACCAAUGGUGGCACGUGACUUCAAAUCCCUAGGUGGCCUAACUGCCAUGGGAGACCAGAUAGCACCCUACAGAACUUUGUGGCGCAGGUGUUACAGGGAUGAGCCAUAGUGCCAUAACAGAACUUUAUAGAAGAAGCGCUUCAGGCAGGAACAGAAUCCCGGAAAUAGUAUGCCUUCAGAAGGAUGCCAUGGUUGAUGUUCUACAGAACUGGAAGCAAAGUAAGAUUGGUUCCUGGAAGAGAAAUGAAAUUAGAUUACCUACCAUUUACACUCAGUGUGAUAAAUGUGGUUUGUGAGUCACCUGAUUGCAGAUAAUGUAGUUGGCAGAACUCCCACAUAGUCUCUACAGUGCAUCAAAAGCUGCUCAACUGAGCCAGUGCUUUCUGCCGAAGUUUCCCAUUGCUGAAAUUCCAAUGGCAGGCUUAAUUCAUGAGGGAAUUAAAAUGCCAAACUGAAUUAUGUUCACGAAGGGUCAAAGGUGCCGCUAGUGCCCAAAAUGACAUUUAGGGUCAUUUCACAGGAAGACGUGUACAUCUAGGUAGGCCCAGGAUACCUGAAGGGGCUUGUGGUCCUCCAUGGGUCAGAAGCAUGACUCGAGUUAAUGAGGUGUCAACAUUCAGUUUCAUGGGCCUGAUUCUGCAGAACUCCAUCCCAUUAGAAAUCAGGCAAGCAGCCUUUUCCCUAUUUUGUUUUUAAUAUGCCAACACAGCAAUACACUACCGUUUCUUACAAAUGCAACUCUUUAAAAAUAAUACAAGGUUAAAUGCACUUCGGCAAGUUACCAAGCAUGAAGAAAUGAAAUGUACCUUUCAGCCAACUGGGGAGUUGCUGUCAAUUCCUGAGUCUGCCCUAAAAUAAUGAUGGCCACAUCUUUUGCUCAUUUAUACCAAGACUAUAAAGACCCUGUGCUAGCUUGUAGCUUAUAUUACUUGUAUUAUUGUUUGGAAAGUUCCUUUUAACUUGGAAGUAUUAGCUUUGUGGAAUACUUACGUGCACCUUUUGCUAUAGCUGAUCUGACCCCUCCCCCUUUUACAGGUAAAACCCAGGUGAUGGGCGAAAUCAAGAUUGCUUUAAAGAAGGAAAUGAAGACUGAUGGGGAACAGCUGAUAGUUGAGAUCCUUCAGUGCAGAAAUAUCACCUACAAGUUUAAAUCUCCAGAUCACUUACCAGGUAUCAAUUGUAAACUAGCAUUUUAAUACAUAAAAUAUGUUUUAAAAUGAGUGGUAAACCCAUAAGGAUGGUAAGAUUUCAAUUUUGUUUUUAGUUAUCGACACACAUGUAUCAUAUCCAUUGCUUAUAGCAUUCAUUCAUUAUUGUUUUCUCUACAGAUGGUUGGGGGGGUGUUCCUAAAAAUAAAUAAGUGUAGUAGUAAGGGGGGGUGUCUUUCUGCCUAACCAGGCGUCUUCAGGAGAGAGUGAUUUACAGCGACAAAGAUACAGGUGCAGACAGGUACAUAAUGUUCUUCCUCCAUUCAGCCCCCAUGUCUCCCAAACUCCCCUCCUAUUCCUUUUCCCCUUGAAGGGUCCCAGAGACUCAUGUUAAUGCCACAUACAUGGAUCUGGACCAUUGCAGGUGUGGCGGUGGUGAGGAGAGCUGCUCCUGGGGAAAGCAGGUCUGGCAGGUCUCUUCCCUCAGCACAAAUUGCUCCCUCCCAAGAGUGCUUUGCAGGAGCUUUAUUUACCUAGGUACCGUAUUUUUCCCUCCAUAAGACGCACCAGACCAUAAGGCGCACCUAGUUUUGGGAGGAGGAAAACAAGAAAAAAAAUAUUCUAAAUCCCAGAAGCCAGAUCAGCAAGAGGGAUCUGGCUUCUGGGAUAGCCGUGCCAAGCCUCUUCAGGGCAGCAGGAUGAAGGCUUCCCCUGCCCGAAGAGGCUGCACGCAGCUAAGGCAGAAGUCAGGAGAGGCGCUUCGCUGAAGGAGCACUGCGCAGCACCCCUUUAGCGAAGCGGGAGGAGGAACAGAAGAAGCCCCUUCUGUUCCUCCUCCGGCUUCGCAGGACAGGCGCAUUGCUGAAGGGGCGCUGCGCAGUUCUCCCACUCUGCGCAGCGCCAUUCACUCCAUAAGACGCACUCACAUUUCCCCUUACUUUUUAGGAGGAAAAAAGUGUGUCUUAUGGAGCGAAAAAUACGGUAUUUGUGCUCGACACAAUGCAAACUGGUAAAUAACUCACCAGCCUCCUCCCUAAUGGCUACUGAGAAGCAUCAUACAUAUAAAACAUGGCAUGUUGCUUUGUCGAAAGGCUCUGAAACACCUCAACCAAUUGCACACGGCUUCUAUGUAAGUUUGAUUCCCAUAGGAAUCUGCCUAAUAUCAAGUCAGGCCAUUGGUACAUCUGGCUCAGUAUUGUCUGCACCAGGGAUGGGAAUCCUAUGGCUCUCCAGAUGUUUGGACUCCCAUCAGUCCCAGCCAACAUGGGUGAUCCAAAAACAUCUGGAGAGCUGCCGUUCCCCAUCCCAGGUCUGAGCUGACUGGCAGCCUGGUUCUCCAGGAUUUAAGAGAGGCAUGUUUCUCAGCCCAAUCUGGUCAUGCUGGUGACUGAACCUGAGAUCGUUUGCAUGCAAAGCAUGUUACCUGACACUGAGUUUCAGCUUUUUCUGAAAGGGAUGAGGGAAGUGUUACCUACAGCAGACAAGAGGCCCUUUUACCAUGUAUUUAGCCAUCUAGCUUUUUACAUUUUUGGAUCUGCUUAGCAGUUGGACUGUAAUGAUCACGGGACUCAGAAUUCAAAAUUUAAAAUCUCACUCCUCUCCAAACUUAAAGCGCUUCAAGUCAAGAGUGGCAAACCUCUUUAUGACAGGAAAGCUAUUCCUUUCUAAGGUAGCAUUAUCCAAAAAGAACUGAAAUAGCAUAGAAUAAUUAUAUGUCAAUACCUGUUUCUGGUUGAAGUACCUCUGGUUUGUUUCAUUUUCCAAAAAAAUAAUGUGCAGUUUUUUUCAUCUCAGCUUCAUCUCUUAUAUGAAAGAUUUCUAAACUAUUUCAUUCAGUAAAUUUAUGUACUCAUUGGGAAAGAAUUUGCUUUCAGGGCUCUGAAUUUCAGAGCACUUCAUCAGCUCUCCUGGAAUUACCUCAUUUUGAUAUCGAGGGAAACAGCAGAGAGAAGUUUCCCUCAUCUUAAAUAACCAUUAACUAAUUUAAUGCUAAAUGAGUUAGCAGCAAAGACACCUAAUGAGGUUCUGUAUGACAGGUUGAACUGCUUAUUUGAACAGAUCUGUAUGUGAAGCUGUACGUUGUCAACCUUGCAACUCAAAAGAGAGUAAUUAAGAAGAAAACAAGAGUAUGCAGGCAUGACCGAGAACCUUCAUUCAAUGAAACAUUUCGAUUCAGUUUGAGUCCCACUGGGCAUUCUCUCCAGGUAAGCCUCCAUCUUAAUGCAAACUGAAUGUUAUGCUUUCUGCAUUGGGCAUUUGAGACUCCCUUUCUCUCACUUACUUAUUUACUUAACCUUAAUUAUUCGCCAUUUCCCGAAAAGCAAAUUAAAUGUUACAGUGUGAGAGUUACAUGAACACAAUGUUGUUGUGUUUGUUCUUCAAGCCUGGAACUUCCUCAACUUAGAACAUUCUUGGCUGCUCUAAGUAUCAAAAGAUAGUAUGGAUUGUAAGAAAGAAGUAAACAGAAUUUGCAGAGAGAACAAAUAAAUUUGUAUGAUCUUCACAACUGAAGCCUUUGGCAGGAUGUUCUUCAUAAAAUGGAACAAGGAAGCAUAAAUGUUCAAUGAGUGGCCACCUAAUGGAGGCCUCUUUCUUGGGUGUUGGCAGUUCAGGUUCACACUCAGCCAUGACAGUCUCUGGGUGGUUUGCCUAGCCUAGGCUAGCCUAGCCUAAUGUGCAGCCUAACCUCAUGGACAGAGUUCUUGUGAGGAGGGGGGAAAUCUCAAACUCAGCUCUUCAGGACAGAGAGAUAAAUGUAACAUAACAAAUACCACUCCCCCUAACUUAUUUUAGCUAGAGGUGGUCACACAUACAAUAUGAUCAUAAUACAGUGGUACCUCUGGUUACAUAUGCUUCAGGUUACAGACUCUGCUAACCCAGAAAAAGUACCUCGGGUUAAGAACUUUGCUUCAGGAUGAGAACAGAAAUCAGGCUCUGGCAGCGCGGCGGCGGGAGGCCCCAUUAGCUAAAGUGGUGCUUCAGGUUAAGAACAGUUUCAGGUUAAGAACAGACCUCCGGAACGAAUUAAGUACUUAACCCAAGGUACCACUGUAGACAUUAUAACAGACACGUAUAACAAUAAAUUAUAUGUAUAUGGACAACCUAUACAUGGAAAUGUGUCAGGAGAUCUCAGGGACACAAACAACUUGUCCAAAGCCAUUCAUCGUCCCUUGGAAUGUGCAGCCACAAUAAGUGUUGGGUACAUUUUGUGACACAACCUUGGUUCCCAUAACAGACAGCAUGCCACACCUUCUGCAGCAAUGAUCAGGGCCAUGUUCUAGGGCUUUAGAUCUUUUUACCAGAACGGUGAAUAUCUGUCCAACCCUCUGCUCUCUUCCCAGAUACUCCUUGUUUCCAAUGGAGGAAAGUUUAUGAAGAAGACCUUGAUUGGUGAGGCAUAUAUCUGGCUUGACAAAGUGGACCUCAGGAAAAGAAUAGUAAACUGGCACAAACUUUUGGUCAGCUCAACGCAAACACAUUGA